ACACAUGCCAUCAUAAUGUCAUCAAGAGCUACGAGGAAGGAACAGCGAUGCAGAUAUCGGCGUGACACCGGGUUGACAAGAUUCAAUCCGCGAGAUGUCGCAACCGCCGCCGGGACACGGACGCGCGCGCCCCCGGGCCCUCCGUCCCCCCUCCACUACCGCCCCCCCUCACCAUGGGCUCCGAGCCCUCCCCCACUUAUCUCUGGCCCUCGGCAUUCCACAGCCCUGGUGUCACCACCACCAGUUCAGCCGUCACCUAAACCGUUCAGGCCAUUGCAUUCUCCUUUCCGGCCACACUCUCCAUCUCCGAGCUCCCACUUCUCUAUCUCGCCCUAUCCCAUGUCUCCCACGUUGGGGCAGAGCCCGGAGUACUAUUACUCGUCUCCGUACGAGCCAGUACGGGAGUACGAUUACGCGGGGGUUCCGCUGGAGCCGCCUCCGCCCCCGCGGCCGAUGAUAUAUGAGGAGGAAGAAGAGAGAGGCCCGUCCACGGCAGAGAUCAUUGCCAGCCAGUCACAGGAAGGCUACGUUGAUGAGAAGCUAGCAGAGUAUCAACUCACAAUUCAGUUAUUACAAGAUGAACAGGAAAGAGUACAAAAGAAGACAUUCGUUAAUUGGAUCAAUUCACAUUUGUCGAAGCGCAUACCGCCACUGCGCAUCGACGAUUUGAUACAUGAUCUGCGCGAUGGCACCAAACUAUUGGCGCUGCUCGAAGUGCUGUCGGGGGAGAAACUGCCAAUGGAACGUGGUCGCGUUCUCCGCCGCCCGCACUUUUUGUCCAAUGCCAACACUGCGUUGAGGUUCCUCGCGGGGAAACGAAUCAAGCUUGUGAACAUCAACGCAGCGGACCUCGUGGACGGCCGACCAGCCGUCGUCCUUGGUCUAAUAUGGACCAUCAUCCUCUACUUCCAGAUCGAGGAGAACAGCCGAGCGCUGGAGUACUUGGGCGGGUCGCGGUGUGCGUCCGUCAUGUCGCAGGAGUCUGGGGCCGCCACCCCGACUCAUCGCGCGGAAGACCGCUGGAAGCAGGGCGCGAAGAAAACGCUGCUGCAGUGGGUCGCCAACGCCUUGCCCAAGGAUUCCAACAUUCACGUAUCAGACUUUGGUCCAUCUUGGCGUGACGGUGUGGCUUUCCUUGCCAUUAUCGACGCAAUCAAAGCCAACCUGAUCAAUCUCGCCGAGAUGAAGAGGAAAACGAACAGACAGCGCUUGGAACAUGCCUUCGACGUAGCUGAGAAUGAGCUGGGCAUCGCCAGGCUUCUGGAUGCAGAAGAUGUGGACGUUGAAAAGCCAGAUGAGAGAUCCAUUAUGACUUACGUGGCACAGUUUUUGCACAAAUAUCCUGAACCCAAGACAACAGGACCGGACGCUGUAGCGGCAGUACAGGAGGAAUACGAAUCUCUUAGAAUGUGGUUGACGGAACGCGUCACCAUCAUUCAAAGGCAAUACGACACGCGAACUCUCUCGCGAAACUACGAGGACUACGUCCGCGCCGAAAACGACAGGCUCGCACGAGAACCUAUCUACCAGAAACUCGAAAAACUCAUGUACACACAAAGCUUAGUAGCCAUCGCGCCCAAGUCGUGGCGCGAGCUAGUUUCCCUCUGGACAGAACUCGAAAGACUGCACAGAAGAUGGCUCUGGCUAUUGGACUCUGAUUUACCCGGGGAUUUCAGAAUGGUCGGUGAAUGGCUGGCCAGAGCUGAAUACCUUUUAUACUUUGAUGAAAUACCUACAAGCCUUGACGAAAGAACGGCAGCUAUUAUUAGUGAAAAACUAGAAGAACAUAGCUCGUUCUUCGCCAGUCUUCCAGAAGUUAUUGACAGGUUUGAAGCGGCAUUGAGAUUCCCUGACGCUUCAAGAAUCCCCGGGGAAAGACUUCAAGAAAUGAAAGAGCGCUUAGAGACUGUAAGUCGAAGAGCCCCACAGAGAAAAGCUAGAUUAAAAUAUUUAGAACACAAAUGCUGCAUAGUAGCUUUCACAGAACUGACCAAGGCUAAACUAGCCACGUGGACCGGUAAAUACGGCCGCAUUGAUCACGUUCGUGCCUUAUUAGAUGAUUAUGAUAAUUUUGUGACAAAGAAUAAGAUUUUCCAAGAGUUUGAUAGAGCGUAUGUUGAUAUAAAAGAAGUAGCGGAAGAGUACAAGAGAGUGUGUCAAGUAGAUAGGACUGAAGCUAAAGAGAUUGAUGCGUUUUUGAGAGAAGUAUCAGAAACGUGGCGAAGAGUGGCUUCGGACGUGAGGUGCGCCCGAAGCGUACUCGAAGAAGUCAUAGCUCAUUGGGAAAGGUGGAACACUUUGGCCGAAGACUUUACAACUUGGUUGGACAGGGCGCAGCACAUGCUGCGUGUCUCUGAAGACGAGAGAUUAGAAUUCUUCCACGAUCUUACCGUGUGGAAGGAGAAACAUCAACUACUCGGUGAUGCUGCCGGAUUCUUGGCGGCGACGUCAUCUGAUGACAUCGCGUCAGAAGUCAAGAGGAAAUAUAUCGAAAUCACCGAACGCUGGGAACGAGUAUGGGAAGAAGCCGAAAGAUACGUCCGCGGCGGAGACGCCCUGCGCCACCGCCGCGAGCUGGCGACGGGCGCGGCCGCGCUCGACGCGUGGCUGGGCGCAGCCGACGGUCUGCUGGCGCGGCAGCCGCGCGCCGCCACACACGACAUACAGGCCUAUAUCGACCAGCUGCUGCAGCUCAAUAGCGAGAUCGAGCAGCACGAGGAACUCUUUAAGACCAUUAGCAGAACCUUCCAAAACGCAAUUGCCGAGCUACCCCGUGACGAGGUAGAAGCCAAUAUGACGAAGCUUAAGCAGCAGAAGGAAGCCUUAGUGCGAGUGCGCGCCACCGUACCAGUCAAAUUGCACCAGUACAGACAGCUACUUGUCCAGCAUGAGUCGCUGGAGACCGGCCAGAGGGAGAUCGGCCAGUGGCUAGAUAAGGCAGAGGAGGCACUGAACACGACACAUCAGACUAGACGUGAAAUCAUAGAAGAGCAGUACGAAAUCCACCGCUCCUUCUUCUCGCGGACGACGUACUACCGUUCCAUGCUCGAGAGCAAGAACAAGGUCUUCCAGAACAUCGUGAAGUCUGCCGACGCGGACCGCAGCGCUGACGUCACUGAGCAAGUGCGACUAAUGAGGGACCUCAACGACAGAUUCGCGCACGUUUCAUCGGAAGCAACACGUCGCGAGGCCGAACUGCAGCGACUCGCUCGCGCCUGGGAAGAAUUUGAGACCAAGAAGCGUUCCGUGGAGGAAUGGGCGUCCCGCGCCGAAGCCCUGUUGGCCGACAACCGGGUGGACUCCAAGCAGGCCGUGGACUUCCACAAGAGGUUCUUCCAGGGAGCCGACGAGAGAGCCGUGUCGGAGCUCGUCCGCUCUGGCCGGGAGCUUAUUGAGCUGGUCAGCGAAGAAGAGCGGCCGCAAGUAGUCGCCACCGUGGAGACACUGCAACGGCGCUGGCGUGAACUGCUAGCGCGCGCGCCUCCGCACCUCAUGCGCCUCGAGUUUCGUCUUGAUGAGGCAGUGUUUGCUCACUGCAUCAAGGAUAUCGAGAAGGAGAUCGUCUAUGAAGAACAGGCAUACAACCAAAGCGACGAUGCAGACGGCAUUCUCAUCAGAAACGAGGAAUACUUCCGCAACCAAGGCAAGGUGAUGCAGGUGGAGCAUUGCCUCCAGAACCUGAACAAGAUCGCCACUAGUUACACCCAACAGACCAAUGAUACGUCACUUGAGGAGGCCUUGAGGAGGUGUGAGCAGCAAUGGGAGAGCACCGUGCACAGGGUGGAACACUUCAGACAGCAGCUGCAGAGGAUCCCGGCCAAGUGGGACGCCUACAGGGAGAAGUUCCGCGAGAUGGAACAGUGGAUGGACCACGUCGACAAGACUAUGGAUAGCAUUGUCAGAGAAGUUGACUCUGCUGAAGCGUUUGAACGAGAGAAGACUAUUUUCCAGAACAUUUGCCGUGAAGCGGACAGGAAGCGUGAAGACAUGAAGUGGCUCGUUCAAACACUAGAUAUGCUGACUAACCAUUGCUCUGAGCUCGAAGCUCAGGAAGAACAAGUCAAACUUGAAAACCUCAUUGCACGUUAUAAAAACCUCAUCCCAACAAUCGAGAUCACAAUGAUCAAGACAGAGACCUACACGAGAUGUUAUACUUACCGCCGCGAAGUCCAUGAAGUGAUAUGUAUUCUUGAAAACGCGAAAGAACAAGCCAUGAUAGAACCGGAACCACAAUCUUUGCAACAUGUUGAACAGUUGGUCAUGGAACAGCAAUCGGCUGUACAGAAGCUCGACCGCCAGCGACCUUCCGUCAUGUCGAUGCUGCAGCGCGGCAAGGAAUUGAUCAAGGACGCUAAUGCCCCUGCUUUUGUGAGAGAGGAUGUAAGAAAUCUAGAGACCGGAUGGAACGCUGCUUUCGAGACAUCAAACGACCGCCUCCAUAAGCUGCGCGAUACACAGAAGGUGUGGUCCAACUAUGAGUACCAAAAAGAAGAGUUACUGUCUGACCUCGACAGGAUAGAAAAUUAUGUCGCUCAUCCAGGUCUAGAAUUAGGCGUUACAAACAUUGCUCGUGAGCUUCAAGAAACAAAGACAUUUAAUGAUGAAAUAGAAAGGGCCAAAUCUGAGAAGCUGCCACUGUUGCAGCAAGCUUACGCUCAAUUGCAGUCACUGACCGCUAACAAACCCAAGCCCGUCAUUGAGAAAGAUCUCCAAGCAAUUGGUAUGAAACUGGACAGAGUGCAAGAUGAAGUUCAAACUAAAGUCGUGCAUUUAGAACAGUUCAACGAAGAAUGGGUAAAGAUUGAACAUAAAUUAGACCAUGUCCGUGAAUGGAUAAAGAAAGAAAGUCCCGUACUUAUUUCUCAUGUUCGAUCUGAAAACAUUACUCCUGAAGAACGUGUUCUAAAAUCACAAGCAUUGCAAAAAGUGAUUGCUGAAAAACUUGACAUCAUUAAACAGGUUGCUGAUCAUGGAACUAAAUUAGCAGUAGAACACAAAGUGCAGGACGCUAAUAGGCUUAAAGGCGAAGUUGCUUUAUUAGAAAAAAUGAUGGCUGAUCUUCAGCGUUCAACAGAACAUCAAACUAAAGUUGUAGAACAUGAUUUAGCAAGCUGGCAAAAGUAUCAAAAAGGAGUUGUUGAGAUUAAACCUUGGAUUGAAGAAGCCGAAGCAAAACUAGGCAGUGUGCCCAAACCUUCUACGUUAGCUGAGGCUCAGCAAAUGCAACAACAUUCUAAAGCAUUGCUAACUGAUUGUGACAAACAGUUGAUGAAUCUUCAGAUUCUUUCAAGCGUGAGUCAUCAAUUAUCUGGCAAAACUAGUGCUCCCGAUGAAGUCGACGCUAUUCACUCAAGAUGGGCAGUAAUUCACGACCAAGCCGAUCAAUGGAAUAAUAAAUUAGACAAAUUGGUUACUAAUUGGGAAAACUUUGAACGCGAGGCUCAGAAACUAGAAGCAUGGAUAGAAAAUGGCGAAAAGCUCAUAAGUAGUCGAAGUGUUAGUGUAGAUUCUCCACAAGUUGAAAAAUUAGACCGAGAGUUGAACAAACUAAAGUCAUUCGGAAAUGAAAUUUCUCAACAGCAAGCCAAAAUAAUUAGCUUGUCUCAGACUUGUGAUAAUAUAUGUCAUAGCAUACAACCCGAAGGAGCCAAUUUGUUAAAAAGUAAUGUAGCUAGUAUUAAGCAACGUACAAACGAUUUGGCCGAAACUGUUCGAGGUCGAGUUAAUGAGCUAUCGGAUAAAAUAAUUGUCCGUCAGGAAUUCAUGACCAAGUUGCAUACAUUUGAUAACUGGAUUACUGAUUUUAGGAGAAAGACUGAAAGUUAUGAUCAAAUACCUGCAGACAAAGUAGAACCUGCGCUGCAAUCUAUGCACGUCCUACUCCAAGAGCAUGCAGCAAAAGCUCCAGAAUUUACUGACAUUUACAACGAAAUCAAGAAUAUGACGCUGUCAUCACACCCUGAUGAAUCGCGCGCUUUGAGUGAAACCUACUCUAACAUCGCAGAGCAUUACCAAAUUAUUGAAAACAAUAUUCAACAAAACAAGGGAGUAUUACAGAAAUGGUCAGACCUCUUGAACUGGUACGAAGACAACAAGCAACAGCUAGGACAUAUUCAGUACCAAAUAGACGGUCCAAAACUCACUCCUGAGAGCUACGAAAUAUUGCGCCAAGAACUCGUCAACGUGAUAACUAAGAUACCAGAAUGGAAGAGCAAUGUUGCUCUAUUAGAUGGACCUUCUCGUGUCAAGGUUACCGACCAAAAUUCAGGUAGAAUGAUAUCACCAACGAGUCUUGUCAAGGAAAUUGAAAUGAAAGCGGAUGCUCUGCUUAACCAAGUAACGACGAAGAGAGACUUGGUUCAAAAAGUAGGGGCUAGGUGGGACAAAUUCAAUGUGCAACACAAUGCGUUAUCAGAAGUAUUACACAACGUCCAAACUGUUUUGAAUGAGAUGGCUCAAAAACUUGUACCUUUAACUGAAGCAUCGAUUCAAGAUAUGACUGAAGAGCUUGACAAGUUAGAUGCAGAACUCAGAGAUAAACAGUCGGUACGAAAAGAACUAAGAGAAGAAGGCCUACAUUUGAUGAGGGAAGAUCAACCAAAUAUGGGCACUAUUCAAAAUGCUCUGGCUGCUGCUGACAAUAACUGGGACCAAAUUGUUAAUUCAGUGAGGGAUACAAAGAACAAAUAUAUACUUCUUUCGUCUACCUUACAGGAGUUGAAAAACUUUACAGUUGCUUUUGACCGUGAGAUGACUAGAGCAGAGCAACUUCACAACGAAUGCAAAGAUGCUCCUCACGAUUACGUACAAACAGCCCAUGCUUUGGACAAAGCUAAAAAAGCUUAUGAAAUUCUUAAGCGCUCCAAAGGAUUGUUGGAUCAAAUGGAUCUUAUUAAGCAGUCAAUCCUUAAACAAGCUUCUACUUUAGGUGGUUUUGAUACUAGUCCUUUAGAAGAAGCUUUCUUAAAUUCUCAAACUCAAUGGGAGAAAGCGAAUGAUGCUAUCAUUAAGCGCAUCCAAGACUUAGAGUCUCAACUGAUUGUAUGGAGGCAAAUUGACGAUACAAAGAACCAAGUUGUUUCUUGGUUAAGUGAAACAGGUCAGAAUUUAGCCAAUGCUAGUGAUAACUUAGAAAUAAGAUUCGGACAUAGUCAUUUGACCAAGUACAAGGAGGAACUUCCAAUAUACGUGGGCUUGAAAAACAGCAUUAAAGCCAAAUGUGAACAGAUAACGAAUCUCAAUAAAAACAUUCCUGCCAGCCAAGUCUCAUCAAUAGUAGACUAUUUGGACAAUGAGUUUACAGCUUUACAAGAAUUAGCUGAUAACCUCGAAACUGCUGUGUCAUCCUUAGAAACUAAAGAAAACAAAUUGAAAGAUAACAUUAAGCGAUUGUCAGACAGCGUAAGUAAAAUAAGAGAUGACAUUAUUCAAUGCGAUGAUAUGACAGGAGAUAAUGCCAAGAUUAUGGAUCGCCUCAAAAAGUGUCAGUCAUGCAAAGCUAAAUUACAAGAGUUGAACGAUGAGAUUGAUAAUGUAGCACAAAAUGUCUCAGAAAUGAAUGCUAAUUAUCCUGGGUUCUACGAAUCUCUAGUUCCUAAAGAGUUAAGCGGAUUGCAAAAACGAUUUGAAAGCGUAGUAGUGCAUGCUAACAAAACUGAAACAACACUGCUAACGUUUUUGCAAAAGCUCUUUACUGACAAACUCGGUAUGUUCAAUAGAAAUCUAAAAAUCUUAGAUGAUAAAACUAGGUGGUGUAUGCCUGACGCUGCAAGUGACAAAUACAAUUUAGAAGUUAAAAAUGCAGCACUAGCUGAUGUUGAAAAUGGGCUAGUUGAAUGUGUCGCGAAGGUUAAAGAAUUAAAAGAAGCGUGUGACAUAUUACACGUUGUUGCCGAACCAGCAUGCGCCCAAGAAGCCGCUCAGCAAACAGAAAAAGCAAGAAAAAAUCUUGACGUACUGACAUCAAACUAUGAACAAAUUAAAAACAAACUAAAGGAGAAUAUUGGAGCUUGGCAAGAUUAUGAGACAUUAUUGGAAAACGUCUCAGAGUGGCUUAAAGAAAAAGAAAAUAGAGUAAGACAAGAAGCAGCUAAUCUUCUAACUUUAAAUGAAAUAGACAGCAAAAUAAAUGAUAUUACCGCAUUAAAUAAAGAAAUUAAAGAUUACGGGGAACAAGUCGACAAACUUAAGGUUAUAGGUGAAAAUAUCUUGGCUCAAAAUACCGACUCGCGAGUUUUGCAAUAUAUAAAUCAUCUUGUUACCAGAUAUCAAACUGUUUCUAAAUUUAUGGACAAUCAUCUUGCCAGGCUGAAAGACUUGAAAGAUAACAAGGGUAAAUAUAACAAGUCAAUUGCUGAAUUUAAAAAUUGGCUACAAGAUGCCAACGCAAAGAUUAAGGACCUAUCAGCAAUGAGCAAACAUGCCAAACCGACUCUGACCGAUUUAGAACAAGUUAAAAAAUUAAACGAUAACAAAGAAAUUGGACAAAAACUUUUGAAUAAUGCUAUUGAAUCCGGGGAGGCACUAUUUAGUGGUAUCACACCUGAGGACAGGGAAGCAGUGAGGAAUGAACUCAGAUCAUUAAGAGACUACUUUGAAGAUUCAGUUGAUUCUCUUAAUAACGUCAUCAAGGAUAUUGAGACUACGAUCAACAAACGUUCUUCAUUCGAUGAUACUUUCAACCAAGUUCAAAAAUGGAUUGCUGACAAAGAGAAGGAGCUAGGUGAGUUCAAAUUGGGAGCUACCUUACCUGAAAAGAAGGCUCAGCUACAUGCCAAUAAAAUUUUACAUCAAGAGGUAGAGUUACAUCAGUCAAUGCUGACACAACUGACAGAAAAGAUAAAACUUAUGCCUGAUGAUGAAGCCGAAAAAAGUUUAUCUAAGACCAUUGACAGGUACCAAAACAUGGCUAAAGAGCUUCAAAAUCGAAUUAACUUAUGUGAGGCGUAUGUCGCAGAACACGAGAAAUAUGUCCAAAUGUUCGAAGACACCCGUGACAAUCUCAAUCAUAUAGUAGCUGAAAACAGCAUGCUAAACUAUGGCGUGGUCUCACAAAAAGAUGACGUCGAUUCUAAAAUCGCUGCUAUAGAAAAGGUUACGUCCAAAGCACAACACAUUGAAAACGAUUUAGAUGGUUUAAAAUCUCAUUUAACAUCCCUUUUAAAAUCUACAAGUUCAAAUGGUCAUCCGGUUCUCAUAAGCGAAUAUGAACAGCUUAGUGCGACAUGGAAUCAGUUUUCUUCUCAAUGCAAAGUCCAAGAUGAAAAACUCAAAGAAACAUUAAAGCAAUGGAAUGAAAGUCAAAAAACCUUAGAUGAAUUAGAAGAAUGGCUUAAAGUUAAAGAAAAUCAACUUAGAGAUCAAAGUUUAAAGAGUACUCUUGAAGCUAAGAUUGCUCAUUUACAAAAGGUUAAAGAAAUGCAGGCUGAAUUAGCUUCACGAAGUGGAGAAUUCUCCGCUUUAGCAAGAUCUAGUAGUACACAAAACGUUGCCAGUGAAACUGAUAUUUCGACAAAAACCUCAAAACUUGCUACGAGAUAUCAUACUCUAAACAAUCUUGUUAGUGAAACUAUAUCGAAAUACGAGGUGUUUGUGUCUGAACAUAAAGAAUUCGAAAAUGAAUACAAUGACAUGGAAAGUUGGCUCAUGGGUAUGCUUGGUGAGCUACAGGAUCUUAAUGAAAUUGUUGGUGAUUACGCUGUUCUACAAGAAAAACAGAACAAAGCGAAAGAACUAUAUGAAACAAGAAAUAAGAAAACACCAGCUUUCGAAGAGUUUUUAGGCUUAGGAGAGAAGCUUUACACUCAUACUAGCCCAGAUGGCCGGGAAGUCAUUCGACAAAAGAUUCGUAAAAUCAGAACUCUGUGGGAUAGUUUUGGCGAUAGCUUCCAAGAAACAGUCAAUAAAUUAGACCAAUGCCUGUUACAAUUUUCCGAUUUCUCGCUUGCACAGGAACAACUCACAAAGUGGCUUAAAGAUGUUGAAAAAUCAAUGCAGCGUCAUACAGAGUUAAAGGCAUCGCUGGAAGAGAAAAAGGCGCAAUUGCAAAAUCAUAAAAUAAUGCACCAGGAAAUUAUGUCUCAUCAACAACUGGUCGAGUCUGUUUGUGACAAAGCGCAACAAUUAGUCGAUCAGACACAUGAUGUAUCACUCAAUGUAUACUUGCAGUCCAUUAAACAAUUAUUCCAAAACAUUGUUACAAAAUCUCAAAAUCUCCAAGACAAUUUGGAAGAUUGUGUCAAGCGACAUGAAGACUUAGUACGUUUGAUUCAGCAAUAUAAGGAAUGGUUUGGAUCGCAAUCAGAAAAGUUACUUGACAUUGAAAACGCAGCUGGAGAGAAGCCAGAGAUUAUACGAAAAUUACAGUCAGCCGUUGCUUUGAAAGACAUUGAGAAAGUAGGUUCUAAAAAGCUUGAUGAAAUACGAACUAUUUUCUCUUCUGUUAGCAAGAGCACGUCAGAACCUGGCAACGCAGCUAUAAAAGCUGAAAUCGAUAACUUACAUGACCAGCUUCGCAAUGCGGUUGAAGGCAUUGUUUCUUCGGAACAGAAGUUGAAACAUACCUUAGAAAUUUGGAAUAAGUUUGAUUCGUCCAUUGAAUCUAUUACAGAAUGGCUUAAAGACAAAGAAUCUAAGUGCCGCGAUCAAAGUUUAUGUUCAACUCUACAAGAAAAAGAAGCUCAGCUCCAGCGAUACGUAGAUCUUCGCAACAGUAUUAACUCUAAAGAAAAGGAGAUUGAUGCAUUUGUAGACGACUCGCACAGUUUGAUACAAUUAAGUGGCGUCGAACGUCUUAAACCUUUGGUCACACAAGUAAGCAGCCGUUAUCAGCAACUGCACGUUAUUUCUAAAGAAAUUGUCAAUCACUGGAGUGAAUUAGUAGCAGAUCAUAAGAAGUAUGUGCAACUGCAUAAUGAAUUUGACAGUUGGCUUAGACCGUUAGAGGAACAAGUUUCUCAAAUGGUAGCUAAAGAAGAUAAGCUAACUAUUGAAAGUAGGGGUAAUAAACUACAAAAAUUCUUGAUGGAAAGAGACAACGGAGAACAUAAAAUUGGUAUCCUUAAUAGUGCUGGCGACAAGGUACUGCCAGAAACUGCUGCGAAUGGUAGAGAGAACAUUCGAGUUGAGAUCAGAACACUUAGAGAACGAUGGGACAAGCUAAACGAUGCAAUUCUCCAGCAACAGAAGGAAUAUGAGUCGCAAACACUACAAUGGUCAAGUUAUCAAGAUGUACUACAGCAGACAUUAUCUUGGCUCGAUGAAAAAGAAAAAAUCGUUGAUGCAGAAGAAAAAGCUGUGCUCAAUUCCGCUCAGGAAAUAAAAUCAAAGCUUCUGAAAAAUAAGACAUUGCUUCAAGAAAUUUACUCUCACAAAAGAGUAAUUGAGACAGUUACAGAAAAAGCUAAAAGUGUGGCUGCUUCUUUGCAUUCCGGGAAAGGUGAAAAUGAUGAAAUGGCUAAAAUAAUAAAAUCUGUGUGGGAUCGCUACAAUGCCUUGACGAGCAGACUAUCAGGAAUUAUUGAUAAACAUGAAAGCAAUUUCGAAAUAUACCAACAGUUUACGGAUCAGCAAAAGUCACUACAAGACUAUCAAAAACAUCUGUGGGAUCGUCUGCAUCUGCUGUCAGAUUUCACUGGAAACAAAGCAUCUUUACAAAGUAAAUUAACCAAAAUACAAGAACUACUAGACGCUAUUCCAACUGGCAACAAUAAAUUGAAAAUACUGCAAGACUUGAUUGAAAACAAUGGUGCCAAAUUAUCGCCAAGAGGAAAAGAAGGAAUGUCCAGGGAAUUGGCAUUACUUAGAGCUGACUUAGAGAAGUUCACGGCUACUGUUCACGACGUGAAGCGAGGCAUAGAAGAUAAGAUUCAGCAAUGGGUUGAUUUUGACAGUGCCAAUGAUCGCCUUCAACACUGGUUGAGCGACACAGAAAUGAAUCUCAAGACAUACUCACCAAAGGCAACAUUAGAAGAGAAAGUAGACCAGCUCAAUAAAUAUCAGGACUUAUGUAAAGCGAUUGAUAAUCAUGAAACUGAUUUGAGCGCAGUCGCUUCGUUGGGUGAAGCGUUGGACCAAGCCAUUUUAGCAAAUCUAAAGAAAACAGAAAACGAUGUUGACAAACUGUCUGACGAGUUUAGUGAUUUAAUAGAAAACUGCAAUGAUACAAGAAUCACAAUGAACUUGCAACAAAUGACAUCACGGUUCCAAUCGGUGCAAUCAACCGCUAAAGAAUUGGUUAAGAAAUGUGAACAAGCCGUUAACGACCAUAAUGCUUACCAAGAGAAGUACAAUCAAUGCACGGAUUGGAUAAAAACGGCUCAACAUUUGUUUGAAGAGUGUAACAAAAAUCUAUCGAAUACUCCUGAAGGUAUCAAAGCUAAACGUGAAAGCCUUAACGACUUAUUGAGCCAACGGCGCAAUGCUACUCUACUAGUCAAUAACACCUUUGAAUUAGGAGAGAAACUGUAUCCUUCCACUUCACCAGAGGGCAAAGAAUUAAUAGAGCAACAACUUCAAGACAUCCAACAAGCUAUUGAUAAUUUAUAUGACAGCAUCACAAAGGCGGAGCGCGACUUAGAUUCUGAGUUAAAUAAGUGGUCCUCGUUUGAAGACAACUUAAAAACUGUGCAACAAUGGCUCAGUGGCGCUGAGAAAAAUCUACCAAAAGAAAUUGAGCUCAAAGCUACAUUAGACGAGAAAAGGAAUCAACUUAACGUAUACAGGGCAUGUCUUCAAGAUGCUAUCGCACAUCAGCAAGAUAUUGCAAACUUAGAAGCGAGGGCUCAGAGUCUCCCCGACGUAACUAAAGACAUUACUAAGGAAAUAACUACUCUUCAACAGCGGCAUAACGGUAUUCUUGCCAGAGCAAAGUCGUUUGUCGAGCAAUAUGAAGCUAUUGUAAACAAUCACCAGCAAUAUACAAAAGCUGUUAUGGAUUUACAAGAAUGGGUAGAAGCCACACACAACACUGUUCAACUUUGGGGUGAUGUCAAUCUUGAACGCGUUGCUUUGAGCAGCAAUUGCGAGAAGCUCAAAUCUUUACAGCAUACUUUACCUGAAGAGAAAAACCGUAUAGAUAAAAUACGAAGCCUAGGUGAAAAAGUUUUGCCUGGAACUAUAAGUCAUGGCCAGGCAAAUAUAAGAAAUCAAAUUGAUGCUUCUCACCAAGAAUGGGAAGGUCUUGUGUCUUUCAUUUCAAAAACAAUAGAAGCGUUGGAGAAUAAGAUACAACAGUGGAAUGAAUAUGAAAACAUGAAAGACCAGUGCUUGGCCUGGAUAAGAAAUACAGAUACGCAAAUUCACGCUGUAGAUCUCAAGGCGACAUUAGCCGAAAAACAAGACCAAUUCAAAAAAUUCCAAGAGUUGCAAGGAGAGGUAAGAGCUAAAGAACUAGAAAUUGAUAAUAUCACAGAAAAAGCACAAAACCUUUAUACUGGUGUACUAGGUCCUCGAGGUUCACAAAUAUCGGAUUUAUCUGUGAAAUAUCAAGCGUUAUCUCAGAAGGUGAAAGAUUUGACAAAUAGAUGGCAACAAUACGUCAAGACUCACCAAGAAUUUACCAGCAACGUUACUGAAUGUUCGCAGUGGAUCGAAGAAUUAAGAGACAAGCUGGACUUUUGUGCUGAUUUGAGCUCUUGCUCUCAGGAUGAUUUAGAAACUAAGUUAGUAUUAAUACAAAACCUUCUACUUGCUAAGGACGAAGGAUUUACUAAAGUUCAGUCCCUGGUUGAACUUGCUCAAAAUGUUAUGGCGAACACAGCACCUUCUGGGCACGAUGCUAUCAACAAUUCUCUCGUCGCUUUGCAAGAACAAUGGUCAGCUCUUUUGUCCAGAAUGAUUGAGACUAAGAAUCUACUCGACGACUCGGUCACAAAGUGGGCUGGAUUCUUAGAACAAAUACAACUCAUAGAAAAAAGCAACACAUGGAUGGAGAACAUGCUGACAGAGUUAACACCAUAUGAAUCUUCAAUGUCCGAUAAGAGAAAUCAACUUGAAAAACUUAAAGAAGUUGAAGAAAAGGCAAGGUGUGAUCGUCUUGAAGUGGACACUUUGAAAGCAAAGGCAGCCGAAAUGUUGGCCAGUGGUCAGCAAAAUCAAGUAGCAUCUAAAGCACAAGAGACGCUUAAUAAGUUUGAUACUUUGUAUGAUAAAAUCAAGAAACUGCUAGCAGAUAGAGAAGAACACUAUAAAGAUCAUAGGCUGUAUAAGGAAGCCCAUGACGAAUUGAUCCAGUGGCUAAGUAGAGCAAGAGAAAAGGUUCCAUCCUUGAAGUCUAAACCCUUAAGUGAUAAAUUAGCGAUUGAGAAUUCCGUUGCCCCGUUGGAUGCUCUAAUUAAUAAACAAGCCCAAGGGGAGCUGCUGUUAGAACACUUACAACACACAGGCGAAGUAUUAUUAGCAAGCACUUCUCCUGAAGGACAAACGGUGAUCAAAAAUGAAAUGAAAGCAUUAAAAGAAAGCUUCGAUGACUUAUUCAACGAAAUUAAGCGACAAAAGGGUCAACUGGAAGAAACUGUUAAUCAGUGGCGCGAAUACAAAGACGAGUAUGAGAGAUUGUCUGAUUGGUUGCAGCAGAAGGAAAUCCACAUCAAGAACCACAAACUUGCUCUGCUAGGUACAGCCAAAGAAAAGGGUGCUCAAGUGAAUGAAGUCAAAGCAAUUGUGGAUCAGCUGAACAAGGGAAAAGCUGACAUCGAUAAAUUUAAUGCAUCUGCUGCUGGCUUACUGUCCUCGCAUUUAGAUACUUAUGUUAAUAAUCAAUUGAGACAUCUUAACUCGAGAUACCAAGUAUUAGUGAACAUGGCAAAUGAUGUACUCAAGAAAGUUGAAACGAACUAUGAUCAACAUCAAAAUUAUGACGAUAAUUAUGUUAAGACCAAAAAAUGGAUUGAUGAUGCUUGGGAGAUCACACGAAGCGGUAGUGACACUGGUAGCAAUAGCAGUAAAGACGCUCUACAAAAACGUUUAGAACAAAUCGAAGAUCUCUUAAAACGAAGAGAAGAAGGCCAGAAUUUAGUACAUGCAACAGUAAACAGCGGAGAAAAAGUUUUACGUAACACAAGAUCCGAUGGUAAAGACAAAAUCAAUACACAACUAAAAGAACUUCAAAAUGAAUGGGACCGUCUUGUUAAGAAAAUGACUACAGCUAAAGUUCACCUCGAGACUGCAAUGCUUCAAUGGGCUGACUACAGUUCCAGCUAUUCUCAACUGCAGCAAUGGAUUUCCGACAGGGAAGCUAAAUUACAAGAAGUGUGUGAACAAAAAGUCGCUAAGUCCAAGAAAGGCCAAGAUCGUCUUGCAGGUCUUACAGCUGGACUUAGUAUUGGUGAAAGAAAAGCCACGCUUCGUCAAACAAACAAUAUUGUUCAAGAUAUCGUUUCGUUUGAACCCAUGAUUCAGUCCGUAACUUCUAAGGCUUCGGAACUUAUGCAACAGGCUCCUGCGUCUGAAAUAACCAGCAAGUAUGAAACGCUUACCAAACAAGCUAAAGAUUUGUAUGAAAAACAGAAAGAAACUGUUGAACAACAUCAAGCUUUCAUCGAUGCUGGUACGGACUUUGUCCAAUGGAUUAGAGCUGCCAAGGAGAGAUUAGGAAAGUGUUCCGAUGCUACCGGAGACAAGGAAUCAUUAAGCAGUAAGAUAUCUCAACUCAAAGUAUUGGAAAGCGAACUGCCUGAAGGCCAAGCAAAACUUCAGAAAGCUUUAGAGCAGGGAGAGAUUUCUUGUGGGUUAGCCGACGAUGAAGAUAGAGAGGAAAUAGAAGAAGAAGUGGCGCUUAUGCAGGAAGAAUACGAUACAUACGUGGAACAGCUAAACAACACCAAAGCAUUAAUAGAAGGAGGUAUUGUAAAAUGGACAGAAUACGAAGAGCAGUACAAGGAAGCCUUAGACUGGUUGUCAAAGACUGAGAAAUUAGUGCAAUCGUUCAAUAAACUGCAGAACAGCCUGGAGCAGAAGAAAGUUGUUCUUGAAGAGUUCCAGGGUCACCUUCAAACACUAUUCGACUGGCAAAUUGAGUUGGACAAGCUAAACGUGCGUGCUCAAACCUUACUAGAGACGUGCUCAGACACAAGGGUCUCGAAUGGCAUUACACAGCUUACCACCAAGUACAACGCCUUGCUGUCACUUGCAAAGGAAGUGAUGAAGCGACUUGAAGUGCACUACCAGGAACAUCAACAACAUAAUGCUCUUUAUGGUGAAUGCCAAGACUGGCUGGACAGAACCAGAGAAAAACUAAACCAAUGCGCUGAAAUACCGCACACGUUGAGUGAGGUCAACAGCAAACUUAACACUGUAAAACUUUUACGCCAGUCUCUGGAACAGGGUCAAAACAAGUUGAGGUACCUUCUUGAGUUGAAAGAGAAAGUCAUGAUGAACACUGAACAGGCAGGUGCAGCUAAGAUUCAAGAAGAUACUGACAAUUUGAAACAAGAAUUUGAUAAACUUAUCAACGAUCUUCAAGAUGUCAGGAACAAGUUGACAAGCAGAGCUGCGCAAUUUGAUGAUAUAUCGAAGAUUCACAAGUUGCUAGUGGAAUGGUUAGACGACAUUGACCAAAAAAUACAAUCGGAUGAUUCCCUUCUCAAUGAUUUGUCUGAAAAGAAAGCAAAAUUAGAGAAAUUUAAGACUUUCAAUCGAGAUAUAGAAUCUCAUAGCGAUCUGGUGAAGAGGUUGAAAGAAAAGCUGCGAGAAGAUGCGUCACUGAAAUCUAAAGAAAUCGAUGAUACUUUAAAGCGUUAUGAAGAUAUCAAGAAAACAGUUAACGAUAUGAUUUCUAAAUUGGAUGACUAUGUCAACUCCCACAUUCAAUACAAAGAAUCGUACGACAACUUCUACGAUUGGAUACGUAACUGCAAAAUGGAAAUUCAGCAAUGUUCAGAUUCUCACGGAGAAAAGGAAGAAGUACAGAAGAAACUCCAAAACGUUAACAAAAUCAUCGAAUCCUUGCCUAAAGGGGAAGCCCUGCUCAAGAAAGCAGUCGAACUUAGUGAUGCUGUAUUGAAAACUACUGGAAACGAGGGCAAAGAUAACAUCAAUCAGGAAAUUAAACAAUUAAAGAUCGAAUGGGAGAACUUACAGCAGAUUUGCAAAGACACCAAGAAGUUGCUUGAAAAAUGCCUAUCUGCGUGGUCAGAUUACUUGGAGACUUUCGAUAAGAUGAGCAAAUGGGUGAAAGAUUUCGAUAAUAAACUUAAAUCAGUCCAAAAGAUUGACAAGAUCACACCUGAACAUCUUGAUAAGUGCCGAGAACUCCUAGCAGAAGCAUUAGGACAUAAACAUGUUCUGGAAGAACUCAACGAUAGGUGUGAAAAUCUCAUGGAGCUUAGCGCAUGUGCUUGGGUUCGCGACAAGACCGUAAACUUACAGACUGAGUACACAACUCUGUUGACCAAAAUACAAAGUCUGGUAUCAAACGGCGAGAAGAACUUAUCAGAUCAUACAGAAUUCAUUAAAGCUAAAGAUGAGUUGCAGCAAUGGUUGGAAACUGCAAUGGAACCUGUGCAUGAUUCUAUUGGCGUUGGUGACAUAGAUACCACGAAAGACAAAUUGGAAACUGUCAAACUUGUAAACAAUCGUAUGACCGAAGGACACCAUCUCCUUGUCGUAUUACAAGAAGCAUUCAAGAAAGCGCUUAACAAUACUCCACCUGAAGAACAAGAUGGUCUCCGCAAUGACGUGAAAGUCCUGCAAGAGAGCUGGGAUCAAUUAAAGAUAGACCUUAACUCUAUCACGGCUCAGCUUAAGGCUGCAAUUGGCAAAUGGGAGGACUUCGAGGAAUCCAAAAACAAAAUGAAUCAAUGGAUUAAUGAAACCCAACAAAACUUGGAUAAAGUCCCGCCAACAGGUGGUGAGCUUGGUGAAAUGAAGACUUUGCUAGAGAAAUAUAAGCACAUCGAGGAUGAAAUCAAUAACAAGAAGCCUGAACUUGAAAGAUUAAAGGGUGAAGCAGCUGAGCUCAGCAGUUGGGCUAAGAAACCUGCAGCUAAAGAAUCCGUCACUGAGCUAGAGAAAAAGUGCAACGCUCUGAAAGCUAAAUGUGCAGCACGCAAGGCUGAUUUAGAAUCUGAAAUUAAGGACUAUAAUCAGUAUCACCAAUCACUGCAGGACACUGAAAAAUGGCUGCUGCAAAUUUCGUUCCAACUCAUGGCACACAACUCCUUAUACAUCGCAAACCGGGAACAAACAGAGGAACAGCUAGCCCAGCAUGCUGUAUUGUUAGACGACAUCCAAAAAUAUCGUACGACGCUAGACGAUUUAGAAGGCAAAGGACGAGCUCAAAUCGAGCGUUACGAAGCUAGCACCCCUAACAUUCGCGAUACUGUCGGAAAACAGUUGAAAAAUGUAAAUGAUAGUCAUAAAUCACUGUUAGCGACCGCUUUGCAGAUCGAACGUCGUCUUAGAGAAGGUCUCGCUAAAUUCAAAGAAUACGAAGACACUCUUGAAAGUAUUCUGAAUAAUUUGGACGAGUGUGAACCAGCCAUCACAGAAUUAGACGUACCUGUCGACGGAUUGUCCCACGGUCGUGACCUGCUCGACAAAGCUAGGGCUCUACACAACCGCCUCCAAACGGAGAAGAGCCGUUUGUCGGCGGCCGUCGCGGCAUGCUCGGCGGCGGCGGCGUCCGUCUCCCGGCCGUCGUCGCCCGCCGACUCGGCGCCGCUGCCCAUCCCGCCGCGCGAGCUGCACGUGCGCGCGAGACUCGAGGACCUCAUCGACCAGACUCAUGUUGCCGAUCUGUCCACUCCGAAUCGUAUCGAUGCAUUACUUAAGAAUGUAGAAGAACCGGAGUUCGCCGAAAAACUUGUGGCUUUCGAACAAAAGGUACAAAGCCACCUCGAGACGUUGGGCGAUGCCGUCCAAGGCAUGGAAGAAGCCAUGAAGCAGGUUGUCGAAAUCCAGGAUUGGAUCAACCUCCACAAGGCGCUGGCCCGUGAUUGGCUCGCCAACCCGUCCAAGCUCCGCCCCGAAGCUGCCAAACAGGACAUGGCGGCGAUGAACGAUGCCCUGGCGUCCUUGAGCGAGAAGAGGAACAGACUGCUCACUGAAAUACCAACUGAAGGUUUAGAAGAUGAAAUCAAUCUUGAAGAAGAACUAGAUGAACUAGAAGAUGCGAUUCUUAAAGCCAUUUCAAGGGAAAAGGGCAAUCAGGGCAUUAUCGACGAUUAUCGCAACAAAUGCCAAGAAAUCCACGAUUGGUUCGACUCAGUGCUUAAGAAGAUGUGCUUAGCAGACAAAGGUUCCGGCCUCCCCUGUCCUCAGAAGCUGAGCGCUUUGAAGGAGCUCGCAGCUGAGUUUGAAAAAUCAGGAAAGGAAAAGGUUGAUGGCAUUAAAGCAGUCGGUUCACAAGUGAUCAACAUUGUUAGUAACCUGGAAAGCCAACAAGUUGAGGAACAGAUGAAGUCUGUUGAAAGAAGAUACAAUGAUAUUGCUAAACGCAUUCAACGUAAGCUACAAAUGCUCGAAAUUACCCACAAGGCUAUUGACGGCACUAAGAAUGAAGUCAACGCUCAGAAUGAUUGGAUGCAAAAAGAAAUCGACAAUAUGUUGCAUCCAGAACCAUUGGGAUAUGAAAGUAAAUCUGUCAAAGAGAGACAAAAGAAGGUUGCUAAUUUAUUAAAAGAGGCCGACGGUAAAAAGACAAUAAUUGAUUCUUUAGAAAAGAAGGUAAGCAAUAUUCAGUCAGAUCUGGAACCUUCCGAACAGACUCAACUAGAAUCAGAAUUGGCGGAACUAUCGUCCAAGCAGAAGCAAUUAGCAACACUUAUCAAACAAGAAAUAGAAAGGCUAGGCCCAUGCCACGAAGACAGAAGAAAACUUGAAAAUGAUGUAGAGAAAGCUAAAAAUUGGCUAAAGGCUAAACUUGCAGAGAUCAAGAAACUCGGUGGGCCAGUACCACUUGAAACAUCUAAGGUAGAAAAAGAGAUUGCUAUUCAUAAAAAACAUCAAAGUGAAUUGUCUGACUUCAACAAUGACACACUGAGUGAAGUAAUACGUCAAGGCAAUGCCGUAUCCAAAGACUGUUCACCCGAAGAUCGAACUAAAUUGCAAGCAAUUUUAGAUGACUUGAAUAAAUCAUACACAUCUGCUAAGGUAGAUAUUGACGAUAAAUUAGCAGCACUAAACAAACUUAUGCAAGGUAGAAAUGACUUCGAAUCUGAAUUAGCUAAAUGUCAAAGCUGGCUCAAUGAGGCAGAAGUAGCAGCAACGCCUGAACUUAGAACAUCAAGCCUACAAUUAUUAGAAGAACAGUUAGCAAAGUUUGAAAAACUCAGUAAAGAAGCAGAAGAUGUUGAAAAGAACAUUGGAAAGAUCAAAGAUAAAUCGAAAGAUAUUUUGGAUACUCUAUCAGACUCUAAUAAGUUACAACUAAAAGAACAAGUAAACGUGCUGUCGGAUAGAUUUGCAAGAAUUAAUGCUAUAAUUAAUGAUAAAAAGAAUAUUCUACACAAACACAUUAAAGAUUACAAAGACAUUGCCGCAAAAAUUGCUGCAGCUCUAGAAUUCUUGGCUGAAAUUCAGAAUAAACUUAAAGCCUUAAACAAACCAAUUGGAAGCAAAGUCGAAGAUGUUCAGCCAAUUAUCCAGGCUUAUGAGUCAAUCUUGGGUGAUCUCAAAAAGAAUAAGGCGAUGUUGAAUGAGUUACAAGGUGGUAAUCUACAUGACCUGCAAGACAUUUUAACUCAACAAGAUGAUUUGAUGGGCACUAUUGAAGAUCAAAUAUCAAAACUUAAAGUACUCUUACUGUUACGAGAACAAUUCUUUGCCCUUAUCAAAGAAAUCAAUGAAUUUAUUGCCAAGUACACUGAUCUCACAUCUGAAAUCGAGAAAUCUAAUGAUUCGUUGGAAGACAAGAUCAAACGAUAUGACGAUAUUAUUGUUAAAAUUCAAGGAUGUGAGGCUUUGUUAGCCACAGCGACUGAUAAAGGUCAACAAAUCGCUGCUGAGGGCACCGUUAUUGAUAGAAAUAAUAUUACAGAACUCUUACAGUCACUCAAACAACAGUUGCUGACUUUGAGAAGGAAUGUAGAAUCCAAGCGACAAGAACAUGAAAGAGCAGCUGCAGAACACAAGAAACUGGCCUCAGAUCUAAAUGAUAUCCUAGAGUGGCUUCACGAAAACGAAGCCGCUGUGCAUUCACGACCUCUACUUAACAGAGACGUAGCCAGCGUAGACAAGAAACUUGCAGAACAUGUUAAUCUAGCAAAGAGUAUUCAAAGUCAUCUGGACAAACUAAGUAAAAUUACUGACGUCAUCAAAAACGACGAUGGAGUCCCGGGUUCGUUAUUAGAUAUGGUAUCAGAAGCAAACUCUUUGAAAACAUCUUUGCCUGCCGAGUUGGCCAACCGUGAGAAAUACCUUCAAGACAAUAAGAAAUAUAGGCAACAAUACUUACAAUUGGUCGAGAAAUUAAACAUCUGGAUAAACGAAGCUGCUAUUCGUCUAGAUAUGGGCAAAAACGGCACUGAUUUUGAAAAUAUCGAAUCAGAUUUAGAAGAACACAAGUCAUUCUUUAACGCUUCAGAACCGGAAAUGAAAGAUUUAAUAGGAAAACGUAUGCAAGACAUUGUCGACAAAAUCUGGCCGUCGUUGGCGGCGACGGAACAAGAAGAGCUAUCUAAAGAACACCAAAAACACAAUCAACUAUUAAAGAACACUUUGAACUCCGCUAAAAGCCGACAGGCUCAGUUGGAACAGGACUUGGAGAUUUGGAAAGACUUCUGUCAGUUGGUGGAUAAGAUCAAGGCAAUGUUGGAUAAGAACGAUAUUAAGGACGAAGCGGUGACAACGGUGGACGCGCUGCGACUACAUCUUGAAAAGUUGAAUCAUGCCAGGAAUGAUCUUGAGAACCAGCAGCCGCUCUUGGACGUGGUCCGAGAGCGAGCGCGCGAGCUCUGCUCCGGCGCGGACGCGGCCAGCGGCGAGCGCGUCGAACAGCGCACGCGCGAGCUCGCCGACCGCUGGAACGUCUCCUGUGAAGGCCUCGCGAAGCGCGCUGCGACAGCCGAGAACCAGCUCCAAGCGCUGGACCCAACUCCUGGAAGUGCAGCGGAGCCUGGCCGCCAGCGUCACCGCGGCGUCCGACCGGCUGCGCCAGCUCGACCUCAGCCCCAGCACGAGGCGCAAGGCGGUGGACACGAGACAUGCGUUGCAGGAGCUGCAAAGCGAAGUGGCAGGCCUCGAGGACACGCGGGACGAGCUGCUGGAACACGCGGACUUCGUUGUGGCGCUGCUGACGCCUCACUCCAAGGAAGCGGCCGAGGACACCGACAGAUCUAUCAAGGAGCUCGUGGAAACUUAAACACUCGCUGCACCAGAAAACUUGCUCUGAUGUCACCGGCAAACAUUGAAGCGUGGAAUAUAAAAUUAGAUGCGUUGUGCGAAUCUAUCGAAAACGGUUCAUUGAGCGACGAGCGGGCGAGGCGAGCGGGCGCCGCGAGCGGCCGGCAACGAACGACGAGAUUGCGACAGACUCUAGCGGCGAAGCUCGCCGAAAUCGACGAAGUAGUGUCCGAAUUCGACCGCGUGUCUGAGAAGAUAGACGCCUUCCGACAGCGAAUAGAAGUGUGCAUCGCGAAGGUUAAGACUUUCUACGCAUUCGGAGAAGACGACGAGAGCGGGCUUCGCGCUCUGAUCAAGAAAGUCUCCGACCUCGCGGAGGCCACGAAGAAGUUUACGGACGAGAGCAGAAAGCGCUACGGCGGCUCCGCUCCUGCGGACGUUUCGCAGGAGCUGUCCUCUCUCGAGCUGUCCGCGGAGGCGCUGACUGCGGCCAUGGAGGAGAAGGAGCGGGAGUGGAAGCGCGCGCGCACGGCGCGCUCCGAGUACACGUCGGACGUCGAGGACGUCCAGGCCUGGGUCCGCGCCGCGGAGCUGACGGCUCGCGACCGCGCGCUACCGCCCGAGCCCUACCGCGAGCGCCUGGUGGCCACUCGCGCCGAAGUGCCAAGCGUCACAGACCGCAUGGAGCGGCUGACGCGCAACGCGCGCGCUAUCGUAGAGGGCUCACGCGACGCCGCCGAGCGGCAGCUCGUGUCGUCGACGGUGAGCGCGCUGGCCGAGCAGCUGGCGGCGGUGACCAGCGAGCUGGAGGCGCGGCAGGCGGCGGUCGAGGACGCUUGCGACGCGGUGGCCCGCGUGCUGGCGCUGCUCGAGCGCGUCCUGCUUUGGGUCGAGACGCAGCGCGCCUUCCUCGCGCGCCCGCUGCCCCUCGCUGACCUCGCUGAGGCUCUACAAAAACAGACUGAAUAUGGAAACGCACUCAAGAGUUGUAAACAGCAAACAAAGAAUUUAGCGGAUAUGACCAAGGAAAUAGAAGCCAUUGAACGCAUCACGAGCUCAGGAGAUUUGCCCGGUAGACUCGAGGCGGCCGAAAAUGCAACCAUAGACGUUGAAAAGAGAUUAGCAAAGACCAAUGGUUUAUUACAAGAACUUGCGGAAGAAUGGGAAAGAUGCGAAAAGAAACUUAAGGAUGUCGGCCACUGGUUGGAAGCUACGACGCGAGCGCUCGAAGCGCCUCAGAAUGCUAAGAAACCUCUGAGAGACCGACUGGCACUCAGAGAAAAACUUAUAAACGACAUCUCCACACAGAAAACGAAGAUUUCGUACGCCGUUGAGAAACUCAAUGUACACUUCGGGCCGGACGGCGUGGCGGCGCAGUCGGCGGGCCCGGAAGGCGUGACGGAGGCGGCGCGCGCGCUCAACAGCUCCCUGGACGCGCUGGGCGCCACCACCGGCUCACAGGCGACGGCGCUGUCCGCUGCGCUGCAGCAGGUGGAGGCGUACUGCGCCGACGUGGCGCGGCUGCGCGCGCAGCUGCUCGACGCCGAGCACCAGCUGCGGCACGCGGCGCAGCCCAACUACAGCCCGCGCGACCCCGACCGCGCGCAGAGACAACAACAGGAGGUCACCCGGCGUAUCGAUGAGCUGACUCGGGCCAUCUACGGCCUGGACCCGUACUUCGUGAUGCCGGUGGCGACGCCCUCGGACGAGGCGGCGCGCACGCUGGCCGCGCUCGUGGCCACCGCCGACAGCGCCCGCGCGCGGCGUGCGCGCUCGCCCGACCGCCGCGCCCGCGCCCGCGCCCUCGCCGUGCCCGAGCCGCCGCGCGGCCGCAGCCCUGCCUGGGUGCUCGGAGGGACCACCUACGCUGAGAUAGUCCGCGGACAGGGCUCCAGGUCCAGCUCCAUCAGCUCACAGAGACACCCGAGCACCCAGAGCCAUUAUGAGAUCCUUAACGUCGAACAAUCCCGCAUCGGUUCCUCCGCAUCUCACGGCGACUACAGUGAAAUAAGUGCACCGUGUGAACAUACAGAAUAUGAUAGUGCUAGGUCCAGUGAGACCCGCGUGUUUGAAAGUGAAAGUGAACCUGUUAGGGUAGAAAUUUGUCAGGACGAAUUUGUACCAUAUACUGAAGGGGACUUUCAUGGAACCAAACCUAUGGACUAUAAGAUUCAGGAACCCGUUCAUGUGACACGGGAUGUUGAAACCGUGGAGGACCUCCCGGUUACAUCUUUAGAAAUAGUUCAGCCUGACUAUCAGGAAAAAGACCGCAGUCCUGACUGUCGAAGUCGAUCUCAGGAUUUAUCUUAUGCAGAAAUUCUAGCACUAGGAUUACGUAGACAACCUAAAACUCAAACAAUUGUAUCUCUUCCAAAACCACAGGUGGCACAAGUUGAUAUGACAACAGAAGAAAUAAAAGAGAUGGAAACUCAAAUAAUCAAAAAAGACCGUACUGAUCACUUGAAGGUGAAACCAGAGAAACCAGAGCGAUCGCAACGUAGCCGCUCCAGGGACAUGCCGAGACAAAGGCGAGCUCCCGAAAAAAGGCAGGCUAAGUCUCACGAAGCUCAAACACAGAAAAAGAAAAAAUCUAGUAAAAAAGUACUAGAAGUUGAUGACUUUGAUGACGUUGAUGACGAAGACAUGGCAACUUCUGCUGAAAUUAAAGUAGAAAAACCAGAGACCUUAAGAAAAGAGGUUACUAAAAAAGUACAACACAGUUCUACUGUCGUGGAAACGGUUACUGAAAUUGUUUCAACAGAAGCUGUGCAAGAAGAUUCUCUUGAUGUUGAGCAUAAGCAAACAAAAAAGAAGAAAUUAAAGAAACACAAAGUUAAUGAGGACGAAAUUGAAAAAGCGCUUAAGGAAAUCGAAAGUCUUGACAAACACAAGAAAAAGAAAAUCAAAGAUAGUCAUGAAAAGACUGAACCUGAAUUUGAAAAUCAAUUAAACAAGGGUAAGACUAUUGAAAUCCAACUUUUACCACAAGAGGGUGCAGAAAAGUCUAAGUCUAAGAAAAAUAAACACAGAGUUAUGGUCACAGAUUUUAUAACUAUAGAAUCAGAGAUUAAAGAGCCAGAAACGACAGAACCAAAGCCAGUAAUCCAACAUAAAAAAAUAACUGAAAAUCUAGGAAAGAGUCAAAUAGUUUGCAAUGCCUUAGACGACGCUAGCCAGCAAAUGAUGACGGAAUCAGAAAACAAACGAUCCAAAAAUAAAAAGAAGAAACCCAAACAGGAAAACCACGACAUACAAUCCCAGUUGGUUCGUAAUGACUCACAAUCUGAAGAUAAUAAAAAUAUUACUGGACUUGUAUCUCAGGAUGUUCAAUUCGAUACUGGAAAUUCUAACGAAAGUGUUUUUAAUGUCAAUGAGCCAACUAAAAAGUUAUCUAAAAUAUCUAGUAACAUGGAAAUUACAACCGAAACAGCAACAACUUGUGAGUUUGUAGAUAGUGCAGAAUUAAAAGAUAAAGAUGUUGAAUACUCUUCCUUUGACAAAACGGAAGGAGAUAAAUCUGAAACUACUAAAACAAAUGUUGCUAAUGUGGGAAUCCCCAAAGAAAAAUCUAAGAAAAAGAAAGAAAAGAAAGGUAAAACUCAAUAUCAAGGUCUAAACUUUAUAGAAACUAAAUCUGAUGUAGAAACACUUGUUGAAACAUCUAUUCAAGAUAACUCCCAAAAAGUGUCAAACAUCCCUACCCAAAAAGAUGAUCAGUCCCAAAUUCAGGCAUUAGAAAUACAACAAAUAAACAAAGAAAAAGGUAAAAAAGAAGUAGUGAGUUUAAACCGGGAAAGUCUAGAAACGGUUGUCAAGGAACCUACUCAUAUUCAGCAAGAUGAUCUAGAACCAAAUACCACAUUAACUAAAUCUUCUAAGGGUAAAUCCAAGUCUAAAGAGACAAAACAAUUCGGUAAUGAUGCAGGUGAAACUGACCAAUAUAUGGAGAAACGAACCUCACCAGAUAAAAAUAUCAGCUCAGAUAAUAAAGGCAAGUCAAAGAGUAAAAUAUCUAAACAAGAGACAAGCCUGACUGAGACCAAAUUUGUUAUAGAAAAAGAAGAUCUACCUAUUGAAGAAACUGCCGAAGCGCAGUUUAAAGUAGUAAAGAGCCAUAAAAAGAAACCUAAAUCUAAAAAGCCGAAAGUAGUCGACGAUGAAAUAGAAAGAGCCUUAAAAGAAAUUGACGAGUCACAGGUACCAAAGAAAAAAGAAAAGCACGCUGAAAAAAUACCUAAAAAAAAUCAACGUUCUGAAUGUUUAACAGAAUCUUGCAAGACUGAAUGUAAAUUAGAUUCUAUACAUGAAGUAUCGGAAGUAAAAGAAAACCUUAUUACAAUGGAUUGGAAUACACUAAUGGCUGAAGAAAAAUCAGUUCCCCUAGACAUUAGUAAACAACCGGAAAUAUUAGACACAACUCAACAGGUAGCAACUGAAGUGACGAUACUUGAGUCUAACGCCCUGUUGAAGGAAGAUUAUACAAAUGUUUGUAGAGACAACAUACCAGAUGUUUGUUCUGAAAGUACUUCUAUCGGAACGAAGCUAAGCAAGGAUUCAGAUAAUACUAAAGUCGACAUCAAGAAUAAACAACAAGAAAUAUCACCAAGUCCUGCCAGUGAACAAAAUAAUAACGAUAAAAAUUUCAAUACAGAAUCCCUUAAAGAUACUGUAAUAAUUGAAGAAACUACUAUAGAACCAGUAAUUGAAGAUUUGAAGACUAGAACGAUUUACCUUAUAACACAUGAAGAAAAGAAACUGCCUCCCAUCAGGACAGUCAAAGUGUUUAGCAGUAAAAGCAAUUCUUUAGAAGAAUCAGAAAAUAUUGAAGAGUCAAUUGCUGAUGUAGUGACUAAUACAACUUCAAUUGAAUUAACUAGCAGUUGUGAUAAUACCACGACUGAGGAAAAGACAGCCAACAAAGAACAAUUAGAAGAGCAAGAUGUCCAUCGCGUAACGCAAAACAGAACAGAGCCAGCAACAGUAGAAAAUACUGAUAUGCACACUAUUCCUAAAGAGAUUGACAAUACUUUUGUAAAAACAUUUGCAGAGACUGACUCUUCUGUUUUCGAUAAUAGUAACAAAAGUUUAAAUAUUUUAAAAGAUAACGUUCAUAAACUCGAUCUAGAAGAAACUGAUCAAUCCCUAUCUCGGGAACAUGGAUUAGAAGCAAAUAAUAUGUCAACAACAGAUGUCACAACUGUUUCUGAAUAUCAAACUAACAUCGAAUGCGCGGAAACCAAUAUUACCGAAUACAAAGAGAUUCAUAAAGCUGAAACUAUAGAAACGGGACACGAGAUAACCGUUUCUGAAGUAUCAGUUGAAGAUCAAAAUACAAAUGAAGUAGAAGAAGCCAUAUUUGGUUCGGUAAAAGACCGCAACAAAAAGGUUAAAAAAGAAUCUCAAAACUCUUCAAUUCCUUAUGAGGAACUUGAAGAGAUAAAAACCUACUCAUUAGAGUUAGAUUUUGAUCAGAUAGAUUAUAAUUAUUAUCAGUACGUACUUAAAACACGGGACAGUAGUGAAAAAUUGGCUGAAGUUAAUAUCGUAACUUCACCGGAAGUAAUUAAGGACGUAGCUCAUGAAGGUUCACGAAAAUUAUCUGAAACUACUGAUAUUUACUCAAAAGAUCUCCCUAGAGCUUUACUCAUGGAAGAGGUUCCCAAGUAUAGUUAUUAUGAGAUCAAUGCCGCCGAAGCUUUGCUUGCAUCCCUCCCAACUGAAACAACUUUGCAAACUGUGCAAUCUAAAGAAAAAAAAUCCGCGAUUCAACCGGAAAAUAACGUUUUACGUAUGAAUACUCUUGAGUACCUUAGGCACGAAGUGCAUCUGCAAAGUUAUCACGAACUUGUGGAUGCAGAAACUAUAUAUGCUAUGACUAAAGAUAGUCGUCAAUCUCCGGCUAAGCAGGUAACCUUUGAAGAAUUAUCUCAUGUUGAGUCUUUCGAAAAAUUCCAGUUGCCAGAAGCCCAAUCUGCAAACGCACCAAAUAAAGAAGAGGCAAAAGAACUACCGAAUAGCGAUAAAUUAAAGCAAAACUACCAUGACAUUAAAGAUGCUGAAUAUUUAUUAGCAAUUACAAAGACUGUUGAAGAUAAGCGACAAGUUGUUCCUAGUCAUGUAGAAUCUACCAUCAUACAUGAGAAAACGAAAUCAUCAACAAGUAAAGAAGAACUCACUGCAACAUCUUCAGGAGUAGACAAAUCUAUUGAUGCUACAUUAUCGGAAACAAGUUCAGAUCAUAUUCAAACUGUGCUUGUGACCAAUGGGUUAAAAGAAGGAGCCACUGUGACAAACAGUCAAAUAAAUGUUAAUAAAUUACGUAUCCAUGAACUGCCUAGGUUUAAUUAUCAAGACAUUUGUGACGCAGAACAAUUAUAUGCGACUGUAACAACAAACCGUUGUCAUGAAGAAAUAACUGAACCAGACUUGAUUCAAUCGCAGGAGCACAUUUCCGUUAAGAUACAACCGGAUGAAACAAGCCCCAAAACAAAACAAAAAGAAAUUAAAGCCGAUCAAAACAUAAACGAAGUAACCAACUUGAUAGACGACGCAAUAGAAAAUUCUGCCAAAGUUACGGAACAUAGACCUGCAGGUAGUUUGGGUUUGGUUUUAGAAUCAUUGCGAUAUAGUUAUCAUGAAAUUCAAGAUGCAGAACAGAAAUUGGCAGUUAUUAACUCUGACAAGGAAAAUAAAACCUUAGCGCAAAGCAUGGAAGAUGAUAGUAGUAUGCCAAGUAUUCAAGCUGAAAAAAUAAAUAAACCAGAUCUUUUUGAAUCCGAGUCAAAUGUUGCCGAACCUCAGAGUUCUACGUCUACCAAAUCAGAUCCUACCGAGUCUUCAAUUUCAAAUAAAGGUAUACCAACUGAUUAUGAAGAAAAGGAAUAUGUAAUCCCUGAAAAGGAACUAAGGAAUACCUUAGUCUCUAUGAUAUUUAAGGACAAAGCGUUUAUUGAAAAUUCUAUAAAAGCCUCGGAGGCCCUGAAAAUUGAUGACAAUGAAAAAAGUUUACCCUCCAAUGAAGGUAUUUCUCACAUAAUAGCAGAACGUGACAGUGGUGUUACUAUAUCAACCAACACGAUUGAAAAAGACGAAUGUCGCGUUGCGGACGAGAUUAUAGAUGAUGAAUCAGAUUUUGUCAUAAUAGGCACCAAGGAUUUGAUUCAAGAAAAAUCUUUAGAUUCUAAUAUUAAUAUAAUUCAUACUAUUGAGGAACCGGAGCAUACAGGUCUUUGUCAAGACCUAGACGAAAAACCAUUGUUGGAACAUAUAACUCCUGUAAUCGACGGAGGUAAUCUGGAUCAAGAAAGCACUCCAGCAUCUACGUUACACGAUUCUCGUGAGUUUAUUCAACGCGAAUUACAGUCGGCCUUUGAUGUUGUAACUGAAAAAUGUACUAAAGCUGAUACGCAAUCUGUUACGGACGAAAAUGUUCUCAAAUCUAAAGAGUUAGAAACUUCUAUUCAAUUAGGACUAAAUAUUGUAUCAACUAAGGGAAAUGACAUUAAAGCUGAAGAUUUCGUUAAUGUAACACAAUCUGAAACAGCUAAUGAACAAAUAGUUUUACCCUGUCCAGAUUCCGUAAUUAGAACUGAAGUGAAAUCUCCCAUUCAUAGCUUGAAAGAUUUACUCCCUUCUAUAGAUUCCAUUCCCGAAUUCAAACCUUCUUAUCCAGUAGUAUUUUCAAACUUAUCAGCUGAUGCUCCUGAGUUUACUCCGUCUUACAUGUAUAAAUCUGUAGAAUCAUCGUCAGAAAUGAAAGUUCCUUUUGAUGAUCAUCAAAAACAAUUUCCGGAAUUGCAUGGAACUAAAGAUAUUUCAUUUACUACUGAAAUAGACACUGAAGUUAAAACUUCUUAUUCAACUAUUUUGCAAACUAAAAAGGAAAAAGAGUCUCCGCCUAGAAGGGACAUUUCAGACUUGGCUGACAAACCACCCACAGAAACUCCGAAUGAAACUGAUAAAAUAAAGGAAGAAGGUACCCAAGGUACAUCUAAACGACAGAAAAAGAAGAAAAAGAAGGAAGACAAGCGAGAAAAUGUAGUCGAACAACCGACGCAUUCUACAGAAGUCACCGCUGCUGAACCAAAAACUAACGCUAUUGAGCCGAUAAAUGUUUGGGCUAAAUGCAAUGAGGAUGGGAAGUCAUAUGCUGAAGUAGUAGCAGAAGGGUUACAUGAAAAUAUUGAUAUUUCUUUGAGUAAACAAGAGGCGCAGCUUAUAUACGAUUCCAAUACGAAGUAUGACGUGAAAUCCGGGCCACAAGAGGAAAUUGAAAUUACACAGGAACCGCAAAAUAUUGACUCUAAUGAAAAUUCUUGGGCAAAAAUAGUUGCAAUCCAUCAUACGUCUCCUGACAGAGCCGAAGAAGUACCACGCAAAGAAACAUCAAAAGAAAUUCAUAUACACAGACCACCUCUUAUAUUAGUUGACGAAAGUAGUUCCGAAAAUAAAUCCGAAGUACUUGUUGAUACUGAAGGUUUUAUCGUCGUUGAAAAAAGGAGCCGCUCUAGGUCUAGAUCAAGGGAUAACAGGUCUCGAUCAAAAUCAAACGUUACACAUUCGAAUGAAAAACGAGAAACCUCUGAAAAUCGGUUCCAAGCCCUACCCAUUCCUAAACCAAUAGAAUCAGAAGUUAGUAGUCCUAAUGAAGAAGAAAAUGCGAUUGUGGAGAGGGAUGAAGAAAAUAAAACAUUGACGAAGAUUGAAAAACCAAAGAAAAAUAGAUGUCGGUCAGGAAAGUCUAAAGAAAAAGAUAUCAAUGUACCAGAAUUACCAGAAACGAUUCUCACUCAUAAAGAAGAGGAACUACCAAAGAAAGACAAAAAGAAAAAAACAAAUAAAUCCAAGGAAACUGUAAAAUCAGACGAAAUAACUAAACCUAAAGAAGAAGUGAAUGUAACGCUCGUAGAAGGUAAAAAUAAAACAGAAGUAAAAUCAUCUCAAUUGGAAGAAUUUGAAGAAAAAAAGAAAAACAAGAAAAAGAAAAAAGAUAAACGCUCUUCGCCUCUUACAGAAAGUAUUACUCCUUUGGAGGAAUUAAAGGUUGAUGAAAACCCAAAGCAAGAUGAAGAUAAGUUAGUUACUCAAACUUCGGUAUCCAGUCCCGAAUCUAUUCAUACUCCUAUUAAAGAGAGAUUUUAUAAUGAAGCUCAAUACUGGAAAAUAGAUCCAAGCGGUAUAGAGGAAGUUCUAACAGUAGAACUUAGUCCCGCAAAAGAAAUAAUGACUAUAACUACUGAAACUAAAUCUGAAACUGACAAUACACUAAAAUAUAACACUGAACAUACACUAAUAAGCACAGAAAUUAAUAGAUCCGAGGUAAAAUUAACGGAAGAGUUAUCACUUGAAAGUAAAAUGGCGGAUUUGCAAAGAGAAAUUGAAGAAAUGCUAGAACCAGAAGAUUCUUCUUUAGUGAGCGAUGACACGCCGAAAGAAUUAAUGAGCUCUGCAAGUUCAGUUUCUCAUAAUGAUGUUAUAGAUAAUAUUACACCUUUAUUAGCGUCUCCUGAAUCUGAGACUGAGAUUGCUAUUACUGAAGACUAUUCACCCACAACUGACAAAGGUACAAAAUCUAAAGAAGUUACAACUGGUGACAAGCAUAUAAGCGUCAGCAUGAUCGAUGCACUGUUAGAAGACGAACCAGCAGUUAUAGAACAUCCACAAGAGGAGAUGAAAACUAUUUGUAGUACAUUUAUUGAACAUAUCAACAAGAAGGAAAAAGUAGGCGAAGAAAAACUUGAAAAUAAAACUGUAGAGCAAACUGUUCAAGAUGUCAAUGUCAAUAAUAGCGUAUCGGCUGAUAUUUCUGAAAAACCGUUAGAUGUAGAUAACAGCAGAACAAUAACAGACCUUUCUAACACUGCUCAUGAAGUCAUUACUAAUUUAUCUAAUAUAAAAGUAGACAAUUUCUGGGUAGAUAAAUCUGCUAUAGAUGAUGCUGAACACCUCCUUGUCAAACGAAAGCAAAUUGUAACUCCAGAAACUGUCUCACUUGAUAACAUUAGACGCGAUAGCCUAGAAGAAAACAUCCUUAUUGAUAAUUCAUUCUGGAUCGAAAAACCUAUGUACCAUGACGCGGAAUGCCAAUAUUUUCUAUCAAUUGCUAAGAAAACGAAAACUCCUCCUAUUUCCAAGGUAGAAAUACAAGCAAAUGACCAAAACGAUAAAGAUAAGGAUCCUAGUGGCAGCUCGGGCCACACGUCCGACGCGGACGAGACUAAAGACCCGUGUGGUUCACCUUUUGAUUCGAAUUAUAUUUCAAUGGAUCUACCCGGUGGAAUAUGCAGUUGGAAAGACCAAAGUUCAUACUUGAGUGUAGAAACGCCAACUGACUCUCUUAUUAGCGAUGACCGCAUAGGCGACAUCCGAGAGGAUAUACUAACAGCCCUACCCUUAGAACCAGUUCCUCUCCUACCCUCACAGGAGCCGGCGGCAGAGGCAACCCGGAGGAUACCCAAGGUGACUGAAGUGCAGUCGUAUUGUACAAUUUUGCAAUUUCUUUAUGUUUGGCAUGAUAUUUAUACUAAAUUUUUAAUUUCACUGAUCACACGUAUCGUAAAUUGCCACCGUCAGCCAUCGCCGGUCGAUGACUUAUCUAAUGAUAUUGAAAGUCUACUAGAAGAAGUAAAGAAUGUACAAGCCCGCCUCUCGGAUCUGCCCGAUGAAAGUCUCGGAGCCAUGGAGGAAGGUCUGAGGGAGGGCAUUUCCAUUCUCAACAAGUGUGAUGAGGCGGCGGAACUGCUGGAGAGUAAAAUGAUGGAGUAUCGCCAAGAGGCAGAAAUCCAAAAUCUGAGCCGCGAAGUGGUAGUCAUCAGGGCCAGGAUAUCCAAAUUACUGCUGCAGGCGAGGCAAGGACUUGAUAUCAUCAAGGUAAGAAAGGACGCUAAAGUAGAGGUAGCCCGUCAAGCCAAGGAUAUGGAAGACCAGAAAUUAAAAAUUGCCCAACUGGACAAAUGGCUUGAAAGCAUAGACUAUGAACUGAAGGAGUCUACUAAGCAGUCCGAAAUCCUAACUGAAGAAGAUAUUAUAAGAUAUAUCGAAAUCUAUGAGAAAUACAUUAGGGAAUAUGAAGAGUACGAAGUUAUAUUAAAGUCUAUUACUAAUGUCGAUAAAUCUAGUCAAUCAUUGAAUGAAAAGCUUAAAGCAACGCAGCAAUCUUUAGUGGAAACGAAGAAUCUAGUCAUAGUAGAGAUAGAACGGUUGAGACAGGUAUUACUACAGAUGAGAUCUGUGGCUGAAGUUAUUGAAGAGGAUAUAUCUCAGACAGAUAGAACGAUUGACUCAACGUCUAUGCCCGAAGAAAUUGUUUCUCCUCGGGAAGCUGAUAUUGUAAAACAAGAAGACUUGACUGUAAAAGAAAUAUCAAGUGAAAAAGAAUCUAUUGUUAGUAAAGAGAAACCAGAGGAUAAAAUUUGUAGUGAAAAGAGAUCUAGUGAGACAAAAACGAAUACAAAGAAGUCUACCAAAAAAGGAGAUCAAGAUAAAAUCGUCGUGACAGAAGAGAAACCAACUUACACGAUUGAGACCCAAACGGGACAAAGUCUCAGAUCGGAAUCCCCGCAUGUUACAGAUAAAUCCGUCAUGUGUGAACCAGAAAAGAAAACGACACAGGAUGCUUCCAUUACCUGUGCCCCACCAAUGGACGUUGAAAUCCAAACUAGUGAGCCAAUCUCAGAUAAUAGAGAAAUCCUAGAGAAUAUUCAAGUUAGGCAAACUGUUACUGGUGGCCAUGAAAUAUUUGAAAUCGCUACUCGCCCUAUUGCCAGAAACCAGCAAAUUGAUGAGCAAUCAUUGCUUGUUGACGCUAAUUACAAAGAUGAUAGUCAAGGUAAAGAUUCUCGUCUAAAUAUAACACAUAGCUUACCUCAGUCAUUUGAAACUGUUAUGGUCGAACCUGACGAAACUACGACUGAAGUAGUUGUAGACGCAGAUGGUACUAAGAGAAUUAUUGUGAAAAAAGUAAGAAAAACUUUAGUCACUCGCCAACAAUUGGUUCACAGCCACCGUGAAACCACACAAAUGAUCUCAGAUGGCACCCAAGAGCAGUCGUUUUCCCAAAUAAUUUUGAAAGAAGAUAAAGGGUCGAGUUCGACAAUGCUAGGAGAUGGUGGCGUUCAAAGGGUGGAAUACCAAACGUUUGGUGGUCAAGUUGUAUCAGGAUUACCUGGAGGUGAAGUAACCAUACAAGAAUUUUCCUCAAGGCCUGGUGUUGUUGUUAAAUUAGAAGAAGGCUUAAACCCUGAAGAAAUCUUACAGUUGGCUGAAACUGAAGGCCAACAACAAAUCCAAACUUCAUCCUCUAGCGUUACUGCUGUCGUACAGCAAGUAACUAAACGAAUAGUAAAAACAAAGCGGCGUAUAAUACGCAGAGUCGUUAUCAUUGACGGCAAAGAACAUGUGACAGAAGAAGUGAUAGAGGAGCCUGAUAAUAUUGAAGUAUAUGAAGAGCAAAUACCAAGGGUCUCAAUAAGCGUCAAAGAUCAAGGUGGUGUGCAGUUUGAGGAAAUUAAUGACGAUGAUGAUGAUCAUAGAGACGACGAGGGACCUCUACCAAAUAUGAGUCAAUACCCGAAAAGUACUGGGGAAACAACACAUAAGGUUGGAGAUAAACCUGACGAUAAAAGACAAGACAAACCGGAUGCUGGUAAUAAACCUCUAAAAGCCGAUAGUCCUGAAACCAAACAAGGAAUAGAUAUACGUGAACUGUCCAGCGAUUUUAUUCAAAAGGAAAGCCAAUCACAGUCACAGCACACUGAGUCGCGCUCAAUUAGCAAACAUUCAGAAAUGAAAGAAACGUCUCCUGUGCAAACAAUAUUGACAACUCAUGAAAAUGUCCCUAAAGAGACAAGACAAGACCAAGAAUUGUUGUGUCACACUCAAGAACCCAACCAAACGCCUGCUACGCAUGUGGGUGAGAUCAGUGCAGCAAAAUCGGAUGAUUGUAUAUCGAUAUAUCAACCGAAAGAUAAAUCACCGGAUGAUGAUAAAUCUCAUAAAGGCGAAGAUCAUAAAAGUAAAGAAGAUGUAAGUGAGUUGUCUAAAGACUUCAUCCAAAUGGAAAGUCAACGAUGUUCACAAUAUGCAGAAUCUAGUACAACUACCAAACAGUCACAAAUAAGAGAAACCUCCCCAGUAGAGACAGUAAUAAUUUCUGAAACGCAGGAAAAUAUACCUGAAGUCGAAGAAGUUCAAGAAUCAUAUCACGUUCAAGAACCACAAGAUCUUCAGUCAACCUUUGUAAGCGAAGGUUAUCAGCAAUCAACUUUACAGACGGCGUCAUCAAAUAUUUCUACGGUUGUUCAAAAAGUAACAAGAAAAAUAACUAGAACUCGAAGAAGAAUCAUUAAACAUAUACAAAUAAUCGAUGGCAAGGAGCACGUCACUGAAGAAAUUAUUGACGAACCUGACGAUGUUGAGAUCAUUGAAGAAGAACCCAAGGUUUCUACGCAUACAAUUCAAGAAAAAGGUGUCAAAACAAAACGCAUUAAAAUAAUUCGCCAGGUACAGAUAAUUGAUGGAAAGGAGCAUGUUUCCGAACAGAUUGUCGAAGAACCUGAUGAUGAAUUCAUUCCAGAAACAACUGUUAGCACUGAAAUAGAUGUUAAUAUUGACAAAAAGCCAGGGUUUGUUACCAAAGAAAGCGUUGAAAUCCAUGCACAAGGAUUACUUACACCCGCAACUACAGAAUUACAUGCAUCUCUCGUAGACGUGACAAAUAAUUCAAUAACUAGUGAUCAAACUAAAGAAGUUGAUUCAUCUAAAGCAAUAGGAAAUGAUCCUGUUGAUGUCAAGGAUCAAGUAAAGGAGGUAGCAAACAUUGAACCAAUCGCUGACCAAGCUAAAGAAACUACAAAGGAAUUAUCCAGCCCUCUGCCAAGUCCUUCCAGGAAAUCGAAAUCAGCGUCCCCAAGCAAGCGAGUGACAUUUGUUGACAAAUUGAUUGAAAAGUCGAAAACUGAAGAGACAACUAAAGAUCAGGAAAUAAAGCGGGAUACAUUGGAAAAAUCAUUGCAGCCGACCCGGAUAGUUUCAGAUUCAACCUCAGAUAUGCAAAUUACUGAAUCAGAAACUGCUAGUUCUUUUAUAGAACGAAAUCAACCACCAGUUGAUAUUCCUUCAUUACAUGAAAAGAGAGUUGAAUCACCGAAAACACAUCAAAAGCCUAAUACAGAAACUGAUAUAAGUAUUCCAGCUCCAGACACAGAAAUAAUUGUACACGGACAAAAAACCGAAUCAAUAAUAUCAAACAUUGAUUCUAAAGUAGGUGUCACUGUAGACUUUAUUACAAACGAAAAAGCGCACGCUUUACACCCCGAGACAAAUCAAGAUACUGAAAAAAUAACAUCGGUUACAUCUGAAAUAUCAAGUGUCUCCGUUAAAACUGACUCUUCUCACAAAAUCGAAACACGCAAUACUCUGAAAUUCAGUCGACAAUUGAACCCUCUCAAACCUCAAGAAACUGACAAAUCAAAACCAGAUACUGGUGUACCCGUAUCGCCUAAGCAGUCAGCAAAAGAAGAUGAUAUAAUACAUUCUUCUCCAGUAGAUAAGGAAAAAGAUAAAUUGCGUACCCUUGAAAUCACUGCUAUAUCCAGUUCACGUACGGAGGAUGUUGCUUCAGUAGAAGGUAAUGUAUCUGAAUCACUUAAAUUAGAUAUGACAAUUGUAGAACGGUCUGUCGUGCAUGACCGUAUUGAUUCUCAGGCAGUGGAUGACGCAGAAAAACCUCCAACACCGGAAAAACAACAAAGAGUUGAAACAGACAUUAGCACAGAGUCACCAAGUGACAUUAUUGAUGUCACUGAUAAUAUUAGAAACACAGAAGUACAAGUACCUAAGAAGCGUGGAAAGAAGGCAAAAAAUAAAGGCUGGUCUGUUGAAAAACAAUCUGUAGAGGAUAAAUUACAAGAACCGGUUCUAUCUGUGACUGAGCCUAAACUAGAUGAAAUUGAAAGUAAUAUUGUGGCUGCAAAAGAUUCUCUCGCACAAUCGCAUAAAAAAGAUGUGGAUGUAAAAUUAUCUGCUGAACAGCAUAAAGAUCUUGAUACAAAAUAUGACAUUAAUCUACUCCUUGACGCAGAACGUGCAGACUCUCAUUUGAGACAACGCCCAACCCCUGUUGUUCAGGCGAAACCUUUACAGACUGUGGAUAUAACAAUGUCAAUUUCCAAAACUGAUGUUGCAAAAAAAGACGAUCCCAAAGUACACCUUGACAUGAAAGUUGAAAACUUUGAAACCGAACAAUCGACAAUUGUUAAAAAAGAUAUUGAUGUAAAUUUACCCAGUGAAGUCAAGAUAGUAGAAGAUCACCCUCAAACCGGACCGAAGACGCCUGAAAUAAGUGCCGAAAUCAAAGUCGAGGAAACAAUUCAAACAUCAAGCGGAACACCAGAUCCAUCUAAAGAUCACAGAAAAAGUAAAAAGAAAAAGAAACAUAAACCUACGCCAGAUGCAAGCCUAGAAGAAUCCACCAAAUCCGAGUUUCCUGUAGAAAUACCUGAAGAUAAGAGCGUUAUGGAUACUGACAGCUCAUCUCUUAGUCAUUACAUCGAAUUACCAACUUCGCCGACUUUAGAUUCACCUAAACCUACCGAAGAUAUAUUAGAACCAAAAGUAGAAUCAUUAGAACCAGAUUCGUUUGCUGAAUCUGAAAGGACUGCUGAAGAGAAGGGUUACGAGGCAGAAGAAAUGUCUCAGGGACCAACACCGGUACCUAAAAAGAGGCAAAAGAAACGGAAGGCCCAUGGCGCUAGUCAAGACACAACGUACCCUAAAGAAACUACUGCAGAGUCUGAUGACACAUCCUUAUCAAGUCCAAUUGAAAUUGCAGAGCCUGUGCAAGAAAAGAAAGGAAAGAAAAAGAAAGGAAAGAAAGAGCCACCUGCUGAUCCAGAAGAGGUAGAAGGAGCAGAAUCUGUUCAACCGGUAGAGCAUACGCCUCAAAGUCCCAAAACGGGCAAUGAGAACAUAGCGUCUCCUAACGAGGAAUCUUACCAUACAAUGAGUGAGAUUUCUGACAUAAGCACUGUAAAAAUAAUUGAGGAAUGUGUUCAAAGUAGCCCUGAAUCUUUACAUAAGGAAGUUACUACUACUGUAACUUAUCCCGUACCUGUGAUUGAAGAAAUUCCAACACAAGAAUACUCUGUUCAAACAUCUCCGGAAUUAUCGGAAUCCAUCAAAGAUGACAAAGAAGAAUCAAAGCCAGAAACAGUGGCCAUUGAGUUACAGACAUCUCCUACAUCUGUUAUUGAAACGGUAGUACAAACUAGUCCUAGAGAUGAAAAAGAUAUUGACACUCAGACUAUUGAAAAUAUCAUAACAGUAGCUGAAAAAGUACCAGUUAUGGAUACAGAAAUUCAAACUAGUAGAACAGAAACACCACAAAAGAUGGAUCAGAUUGAAGUGACAACUCAAGUUAUUGCACACGAUAUAGUUACUCCCGAAGAAAAGUACUCUCAAACUUCAUCACCUAUUGAGCUGACACCAGUUAAACUCGAAACAGCAGAAGUUGUAACUGAAUCCAAAGAAAUUCAAACAUCUCCCACACCGACCAUACAAAAAUAUGAAAAAAGUACCGGAGUUUCCAUAGAAACAGUUGAAACUGAUAUCCAAACUUCACAAGAUAUUAUCGACCAGGAAACGUGCACGACGCCAGUACCUGAAAAAGAAGUAAUAGAGAUGAGCAUACAGACACCCGAAUUACCAGUGGUUAGUGCAUCAACUCAAUCAGAUUAUGUUGAACCUGAAAGGAAAGUAACGACUGAGGUAUCGUCACCAGCACCUCCUAAACCAGAAGUUUUUGAUGCAAGUCAACAGACGUCUCCGAGAACACCAGAAGAGCCCGUAAUUGGAACCACGGUAGAAAAGGAACCCGAAACUGUUUCUAUAUUACCGAUAGAGAAAGAAGUUACUACAGUCGAUAGUACUCAACAAACAACGCCUAGAGACACAGCACUUGAUGUUCCAAGAACUAGACCAGUCGAUUCAGAACUAUCGAAAAUAAAGGCGGUGACUAUUGACAGCACUCAACAGACAUCUCCCAGAGUUUAUUCGGAAGAUUCAUUAUCUACAUCGACCGAAGAACCUUAUGAAAUACACUUACGAGCACAAAUAACAAUCCCAGAAGCAACCAAUGAUUUCCUGGACAACGAACGACAAAUGGAAGCUCCACUAGGCAACGAACGACAAAUGGAAGCUCCACAGUCUAUUCUCGGGGACAGACAAAAACCGAGGAAGAGGAAAAAUAAGCGGAAAAUGGAAUCACCUAUAGCUCAGACACCUGAAAGCCUCUCCGAUCCUAUAACAACAGAAUUACUUAUGUCCGCAACGCCUACUAGCGAAGACUACACAAGUAAAGACACGUCUUCGAUAGAUGAGGGUAUUUCUCAGUUAGCUAGCCCUAUGUCACCAGACCACCAGGAGUUUGGUAAUCAACACAAAUUAACUUACUCUGACGUCGUCCAGCGAUCAAAGUCUAAGUCUCCCUCUCCCACUAAAUCAAUUCACUUUCCUCGAAAACCUGAGAAAGCAAGACUGCUUGAUGCUUUAGAGAAACGAACACAAGCUCUGAUUGAGUCUCCAAGAAAAGUACCCGACGAUUCAAUGGCUAUUGUUGUUCUGGAUCAGUCAGUAGAGAAAUCAUAUGAUUCAGUUGUCAACAAAGAACUUCAAGAUCUCAAGAACGCAAUUGAUACUAAUGACCAGACAAGGAUUGAGAGGAGCGUUGUGGUAAUCAUUGAAACUAUAUCAGUUUGGUUGGAAGAAAUACAGUACAAAAUUCAAACCGAAACGAUUACCAAUGGAGAGUCCGUUAAUGAAGCGCAACGAUUAAAAUCCUUACAAGGGUACAUUCAAAAUCUAAAAGAAAUUAUAGAAAUUACAGAAGUUAAUGAAGAAAUCGUAACUCUUAUUGAAAUGCUAACUAGGCAAGCGAAUGCGGUCAAUGACCUAAACUGUCAAAGUUCGACAACAGUAAAAGAAGUUGAAAAAGACUGGGUGAAAUUCUUGGACGAUACUGAUAAACUAUACCAGUCUGUCAACAAGGUAAAAUCUAAGCUUGACGAUAUAAUUUUAUCUGAUAUUCCAACACAACAGAAAUUAGAUAAAUUGGAUAAAUUAGAGAACGAAAAUGUAACAAAUUCUGAUUCAGUCACUAAAAUGUUCCAUCGGUAUCGAUUAUUAGUAGAAAACAACAUAAAGCGGGAAUGUCCAACUACGCUGUACGCUUGCGAUGAUGAUACUAAACAGGUGGAAAAUUCUAUCAAUACCGAAAGGGAUCGUUUGCUCCAGUUAUCAGCGUUAGCCGAGGAAUAUGAGCAAACAUUACAAGAUUUUGGACAAAUAACCGAUGUAGCAGAAGCUCUGUUAGAUGGGAAAAUAAUUGUAUCUGAUUUAGAUCAUUUACAUGAAGAAAUUCAAAAACAUAGAAAGUUCUUCGUCAAUCUGAGCCACUGCAGAGCCAUCCUUGAAUCAUUGGAAGAUAAUUUGGAUGGUGAAACUAGAUCCAAGUAUUCAUCUUUACAUAAUUCUCUACACGAUCGUGCUACAGUUAUAAUUGACAGAGCAGCCGGUCGCGCUCAACAAAUGACUUUGGCAGCAUCUCGGUGGACCACGUUAGAACAAGGCAUGAGGGAAGAACAACAGUGGUUGAGAGUAGCGCAUCAGAGGAUACCUGACCUCACUAACGUGACAUCUAUCGACCACGAACAAUAUAUAAACUUAUACCAAUCCGUCAGCUUGGAUGUCUCACAUCAUCACGCUAAAAUCCUACGCCUAUUGUCGGUCACUGAUGGAUUACAAAACCUGAUUGUCUGUUCUGGGUUAGAAACUGAAUGUUCAAUAGCCCUUGAUACGUUGCUCAAGCUACAGGAAGAUGUGGAUUCUAGACUCAUACGACUGACAGCCUUUAAAGAAAACUGGAUGACUUAUGACUUCAUUGUAGAGAGAAUUGAAAACUGGAUGAAGAUAGCUCAUAUGGAGCUUGAACACAUUACUCCUGAAAAUAUUACAACAACUGGAAACUUGCGUCGGUUUUGGGAACUCAAGGCCCAACACGAAGUUCACAACAAUCUUAAAAACGAGUCAGGCGUCCAAUUCGAAAAAGCAUUAGAGAUUUUACCAAUUUCUGAUGAAAUGGUUCAGCGUCAAUUCUUUUCAAAAAUAGAAGACGAAUGGCGGGAAAUCGCCGUCAGGAUCGAUGGUUUACAUUCUUCCGCCAUUCAAAGCAUUUCUGACCGCGACGUGUCCACUAGCGAGAAACUCAAUAUUUUGGAAGAUGAAAUUCGAGAACUACGUGCGUCGCUCGAUAGCUUGAAGACAGUUAUAAGAAGCGAAGAUGAAUUAAACCUUUACAUCGAAAGACUUCAAGUAAUGACGGGUCGGGUAGACAGGAUACAGAACGAACUCAGCCGACUGAGCUUGCUACCUACUGCGGAGUCUGAUCGUUUGGGGGCCCUGUUGUCCCAGUCGCGCAACUUAGAUGACCAGAUCGCCGAAGAGCUGGAGCGUAGCAUGCUCUUGAAAGAGAAGAUAGUGCAGGUUCAAGCCGGAAUAACUCGUUGCCAGAAGAAUCAACGUCGCGGACGCCUCACGCUUGAGGAGUGUGCAGCCGCGGAGCGCCUCGGCAGCGACGUGGUAGAACGAGCAUCCGAAACAUGCGACAGACUUCUAGACGAUCUUUCGACGCAAUGGAGGGAUAUAAGAGCGCUCAACCAGGCGCUACAUACGUUGCCGACAUGUCUCCGAGUGUCCGUUUCGCUUACGGAUUUGGAAAGAGACAUCACAGGACUUCAGGAAAGCCACGCACAGCUAGAAACCGAAGCGUCGGAGCUGAGCGCGCGGCUGCGGGCCAAGGUCCAGCUGUGGCGGCGGUUCGAGCGGCAGCUGGAGCUGGUGCAGGGCGCCGUGCGCGAGGCCGACUACAUGGCCGAGCUGCUCACCGUGCAGGGCCAGGUCGACUACGACCGCCUGCUCAAGGCCACCGAGAAACUCGAGACGCUGAGCGAGUCGUUGACCCGUCGAUCGGGCGAGCUGGUGGGCGAGCUGCGCGCGUCAGCGGCGCCGCUGGCGGCCAGCACCGAGCCCGCCGUGGCCGCCAAGAUGCAGCGCGAGCUCGACGACGCCGCUGCCGCUUACGACCACACCUGCAGGAACCUGACUCAGCUGUGCGACAAAUACCACAAAGCGGUGGAGUUGUGGAAGCGCUACCGCGACGCCGCCGCCGCCGUGCGCGUCUUCGCUGAACAACAGGAGGGCCGCCUGCACGCGCUGCGGCCCGCAGAAGCACCCACCGUCGCUCAGGCAUGCUUGGAGCAAGAAUCGCGCGUGGCCGAGCUGCGGUCGCUAGCUGCGCGUGUUGCCACCGAGACGGGCAGCCGCGCGCUGCAGGCCGACGCCGACGCCCUGGCGCGCCGCUUGCAGCUCGUCGCCGGCGCCGUGCAGGCCCUGGCAGACCUCGGCGAGGCCCGCCAGCUGGCUCGGGCCAAGGCGCAGCACGUCACGGAACAGUUCAGUGAUAUGAGACAGGACUUGAUGCCUCUGCACGAAGACGGCGAGAUCGUAGAAGACCAACUCAUUGCUCUUCGAGAGAACUUGAUCACGCUAGGAAAGAGCGAAGCGGACAUCGUGCCCGCCAAGGAGCAGCUUCCAGAUAUCGACAGAGACGUCUCAGAAGAGCACUCCAUCGUCAGGAUUUUGGAGCUAUGGCAGGCCAUGUUCAGAGACACCUUCCUACAUUACCACAGAUUGUCUACAGCUCUGGUGAGAUCAGGAGACGCUGCAACCGCUCUGCGGUUAUGGCACGAGUACCUGCAGGAUUUACAAUCAUUCCUGUCAGGGUCUGUACCUGCUGAUUAUGAAAACCUAACUGAACAUCGACGGUUAUGCAGAGUACAUAGAAACCUCCUAGCUUCACAGCGAUCUGUGCUAAUAAAUGAACACAAGGAGACAAAGCACAGGGAUCUGGCGGAGAAGUUUGACACGUUGACGAAUCUUCACAAUGAGACCCUAGCGAGAAUAGUGGAACGCCAUGACGAGGUAUCCACCAGGAUCGCGGCUUGGGAUGACUACAGGGAGAUUUACAUCGAAGUGUUGAGAUGGCUCAAGGAAAUGGAACGUGAAAAAGAAAAGUUGCAACUGAGAUAUGUCCACAUUAAGAGAAUUCAGAAAAUAUUGACUAAAGUUCAAAACUUAUCAGACAAGAUACCCGAAGGUCGCAAACAAGCAGAAAAAUUAUCGAGUAAUCUCAAGAAAAUAUUGGAAUUCACAGAAGAAACAUAUGGAGCUUCCGUAAGGAUGGAGUACGCGGGCAUCGUCAAGCGAGUUGACAACUUGAACGCCAGCUUAGACACGUGGCGAGACUUCCUCACCCGCAUACUCGGUCUUGUCAGCGAAUACGAAAACCUCACUAAUGAUCUUCACAAACUAUACUCAAAGACUCAGGACGAAAUCAUAUCGUACUCAGACGAAGAUAGACUAUCGCGACCACAACUGAAAAAGGCAAUAGAAAAAUAUACGGAAUUAAGGACGAAGGUUGAUAAGACCGAAUCUCAAAUUGAAGCACUCAGUGUCAUUCAAGAACAACUUAAGGAAUGCCUGAGUCCUCAAGAUAUAAGAAUCGUCAACCAACGAGUGUGGCAACUGAGGCAGCAACGAGCGGAUUUGGAACAUCAACUAACGAUUAUUAUACACCGGCUGCAGGAGCGGCUGGAGAUCUACACGAUAUUGAACUCGCGUCUGCUUCGGUUCGCAGAAUGGCUUACCACACUCGAGGCGCGUCUCGAAACCUCUAGUCAGAACAGUGAUUUGGGAGCCCUCGACCCUCAGGACCUUAUUAGAAGAAUAACCUCGGAUGUCGAAGCGGAAACGUCUAUGAAAGAACGCGAAUUUGAAUGGCUCUCCGAAACCGGCAGUGUUCUCGUCGAUCUUUCUAAAAAGGAUGAGAAAGCAUUCAGUAAAACGACAAACAAACAGCUCAGCGAGAUAAACGCUCGUUGGCACAAACUUCAGGAUAGCGGCCGAGCGAGGAUAUCCAAAAUCAGCGAGCUACUCGAGACCAUCACGCAGUUGGAGGAACGUUUGACCACGAUCAGACUAAAGCUGCACACCAUCGAAACUAACUUGACCACCACGGUAAUCAUCCAAGUAUUGACAACGAAAACGGUGGACGAAAAAUUCCAAGAACGCGACGAGAUACACAAAAACAUCGAAACCGUCAGCGGUGAAGUCGGAGAAACUCUCAACCUUUGCGAACUGAUAUUCAAUGACCCCGACGUCCUGCGAGGCAACUUCGACCUCCGCAACUUGCGAACCGGCGUCGACAUAGUCGAAAAGAAAUGGAAGAACAUCUGCGACAUGUCCGAACGGCGCAAAAACACGCUGAAAGAGAUCCGAAAAUCGGCCGAACUCGCCAACUCCCUGCUCGCGAAGGUCGAAAAGAAACUGGACUCGGUCGAGAAGAGAGUCGAGAAAAUCGAGACCAGGAAGCAGAGGGGAGAAGGGGACGACGAGAGCGUAUCGAAGGCGGUGAUCAGAGAUCUGGAAGCGAUGGAGGAGGACGUGAAGAGGCUGGAGGACGCGUACAGUCGGGUGGCGUCGGCGCGGGGGGUGGAGCUGCGGGGAGACGCGGCGGACCUGGCGGCGCGCCUGCGCUCGGCCGUGCGGCGCUGGCAGCAGCUGCGCGGGCGCGUGGACGCGGCCGGCGCCGACGCGCACCGCCAGUUCGUGGCCGCGCACGGCAGCGCCGUCAUCGCGCUCGCCGAGGCCGACGUCCGGCUCACCCGGGCGCUGCAUCUGGCCCCGACGCCGCUUGACAAGGACGCCACUAUGGCGGAACUGAUGGGUGUCGAGCGAGAACUAGAGGAGUGCGCAGCUUUGGUCCAGACAGCGGACCAGCUCGCCGGGAACGUGUCAUCUGUGGCGGGCGUGAGCGACAUGGUGGCGGAGUACCACGCGCUCUACAGCGACGUGCGCCAGCGGCUGGCCGCCGCGCGCGCCGACCUGGUCGGUGACGUCGACUCCGCUGUACAGGUGGAUACCCUUAAAUGGGAGACAGACGCCGCUCUUCAAGUAGACACACUGACAUCUAAAGAAACUUACCGCGCUGAGCUGGCGUCAGCAGUGAAAGAGGCCUCGGACUGUCUGGAGGCUCUCAGAACAGCACUACUGCAACAGCCGAAGGAAGACGCUGGAAGCGAUGAACUUGCGACCGCGGCGAAAGAAAUCGCCAAAGCUGGCGCCAAGCCCAGCCAGAUACUGGAGUUGGCCAAACAUUUGUCCGAACUACUCUUGACGGAAUGCGACGCGACCGAAGAUGAAGCUAUGCUGAAAGAAGUCGAGUCGCUUUCGUUGAGAUAUGAGGAUCUUCUCGCGCAAGCGAAGAAGAGGGAACUCAAAUCAAUAACCUGGUUGCCGCACUCGGCGUCAUACGCGCUCACGUGCGAACAUGAAACCGGGCGUCUGACGUGUCCCCUCUGCUCGGAGCGAAACUGGAAGCAGCUGGACAACGACCUCUGGCGGCUGGAGCAGUGGCUGCAGUUCGCCGAGGCCACGGAGGAAGGCCGCGGCGACCCGCCCGAGCAGUACGACCAGCUGGAGGACGCUAUACAGGACCACCGUGAGUUCCUCUUGGACCUGGACUCGCACAAAUCCAUCGUGGUCUCCCUGAACGUGGUGGGCGCGCACGUGGCGGCGCACGCGUCGGUGGCGGCGGACGCGCAGCGCGUGCGCGCGCGCCUGGCCGCGGCCAACGCGCGCUGGGACCAGACCUGCGCGCGCGGGCGUUGGCAGAAGCGGCUGCAGCGCGCGCUCGUGCACAACCAGCAGUUCCACGACAUCGUUGUAGAGCUAGUGGCGCGACUAGCGGCAGCGGAGCGCGGCGUGCGCGCGCGCGAGCCGCUGCGCCUGUCGCGGCCGGCCGCCGAGCUGCAGCGCGACUUCCGCCGCUUCAGCGAGCUGCGCGACGAGCUCAGCCGCGCCGAGCCGCGCGUGCACGCGCUGCACGACGCCGCGCAGCUGCUGCGCAGCGGCGACGCGCCGCCCAACGCGGACGACAUCUGCAGAAGACUGGGCGAGCUGCGGCUGCGGCUGCAGUCGCUGCGCAAACUGUCGGGCGUGUACGCGCUGAAGCUGGGCGCCGCGCUGGCGCGCCAGCCGCGCGGCACCUCCGCGCUCGCCGCCGCCGUCGCCGCCUCGGCGCCUAUGCUUAUGGAGGAGGAGGAGGAACAAAUCUCUACGCUGGAGCUCCCGCCCCUGGACGAGAAUGAUGUGGUCGUAACUGAAGACGACGAGGAGUUGUCUCGGCUGCAGCGCAGCCUGCGGUUCGUGUGCCGCGUGGCGCGCGCGUCGCUGCCGUUCCAGGCGCUGCUGCUGCUGCUGCUGGGCGCGGCCGCGCUGGCGCCGCACGCGUCGUCCGACUGCCGCGCGCCCGGCCUCGCGCUCGAGCCCGUGCUGCGCUACCCCGACGGCCCGCCGCCGCUCUGAUUGCGAACACGACGAUCACUGUCGAGAGACUAGUCCGUGCCGCCCGGUGGCCUUCUAAAGAAUAACCGGGAGGCCUGGCCGUCCUGUUUCCUUUUAGCCGGCUCGGCUGGCGACUUACGAACGCUUAUGCGGGCCGCGAACUCCUAAAUGGCGGUUUUCGAGUUGGCGACCCGCCUCUAGUUUUCUUAAGUUGGCGGCUGUGAGACGCCGCCGCGCUCUGGCCGGUUUCGCCGGAAACUCGGCGUGAGCGCCCCACAUUCCACUCGGUGCUCCGCCCGCCGCUUGUAAAUACCCUUUUGUAUAUUUGUUAUUUAAAAUUAAAGAAAGACAUCGGCGGGCGGGCGUCCCUGUAAUUAUUUAUAAAUGUAUAUGUAUCAAAGGCGACGGAACCGCUUCGAGCGUUGUUACUUAAAUCACUUUAGUUUGUAAGGACUGUGUACAAUAAAGUCAAAUAAAGCCUUUGCGAUUGAUUA